CACAAUUAAUGACACAGCUAGAUUCUGAACCUAUAAAAGAAGACAAUGUAUAUGGAGAGAAUCAUUGUGUCUCUGGAGUUUAUAUUGUCAAUCCCGCUGUGCAUCUGACGGCAGAACAAACACUACUAAUAGUAAGUAUUCUUUUAAAACCCUUUAACAAAUUAAAGCUCUUCUAAUGAUAUUGUUUAUUACUGUUUUUAUUUAUUUAUUUUUUGCUGUUAUAAAUACAUUGCCUUUUAGACGCAUUUAAAAAAAUAUAUUUUAUUUAAAAUUAAAUUUAAUCGUGGCUAGAAUUUGAAAAAUAAAUAUUUAAAAAUAUUUGAACCGGUUCAUAUGACACACAGAGGUUAGUAUUCAAUAUUUGACAUUUUCCAUAGGCUAUUUCUUAUCUAUGUACAUAUUUAUUAUUAGUAAAAACAAGGAAAAGUGGCUCUACCUGUAAGUAUUGUUAACUGAUAGCUGUUAAUAUAAAAGUUUUUUAGUAUUAUUUAAUUUUUUAGUUCUGUAGAAUGGAGUAAGAAGUGCUUUUGUAGUAGUUCCCAAAAUAAAUCUAUUUGUUACAACAAAAAGGCUUCUCUAUUACAAUGCUCUAUCUAUAAUAUUGAGUCCAGCAUUAAAAAGAAUUGAGGAAGCUAUGUAAAAUUGAUUUGUGAUUUUUAUUUAAAACCAUAUACUAUAUAAAUGUUAUUUAACCCUUUAAGUGCCUGAACCUAUAUUAUCUCAUUAGAAAGCACUCAAAGGGCUACUGUUUGAGUAUUGGUGAAUAUACCUAGUUUACGUUCUGUAUUAAUGCGUAUUAUAUUACCCAUAUUGAUAAGUACAUUGUACUAAGGUGAUAAUACAUUUCCCAUGCUACUGAGUAUUUCAAAGUUCACAAUUCACAUGCCUGACUCAUUCAAUCCUGUGUAUUCAGAUAUCAACGUGAUUAACAACUGUUUGCUCAACAUUGCUAACAUUUCCCUAUUUAAUAUGUUCACAAUGACCCUGUUAAAAGGACAUUUAAUAAAAAACACAAGUAUACCACCAUUUUAUUAAUCUAAAAAUUACUUUUCACUAAAGUGCAAAUGAUUAAAAUUGUUGUCGGCUCUUAGAGCAUAAUUAAAAACAUAUCUGAAGAAUUCUACCAAUGUCGCUAUUCUGGCAUACAAUUUUAAAUUUACUUUGCAUUUACUUGGGAUUUCUGACAAUUUACACUCAAUAAAUAACAAUAACUUUGUUAGUUUAAAUGGUACAUAAUUAACCCUAACUAUUGUAUAAUAUGCUAGGAAAAUAAUGACUGUAAAUGAGCCCUAAAAGAAGAAAUAACCAAAAAGAACACUGACAAUCGGGUCUAACGGAUGAUCUGUGUCCCAUCUGUGUGCUGGUAUUAAGAACUUUUUACAUAUGUUAUAUAUUCCUAUUAACAUAACAGGUGAUAAUACACCACCUGUUUAGUUAACUCGGGGAUGGAAAUCAGCUAUUUACAUGAAUUUCUAAAAGUUAUCUUUGCCGGAUGACUGCCAACUGUCUCAGAUCUGCUGGACCAGUCCCAAUUUCGGAACACUGUCCAGGUUUUUAUUUUAUUUUUUUAAACUUUUUGUGAAACCAUAAAAAAGUCCCCAGAAAAUACAGCACAAGCUCAACAUUAGUUACACUCAUGGUUGGCUCAGGCUGUUCUGCGGUAUUUCUUCCCUUAAAUGAGAGCAAUUUGAGAGAGUACUUUGCAUGAGUAGCCCUGGCAGGCUUACAAAACUGCAUGUCAACAAUGUAUGAAUUCAUGUCCGUCAAGAUAACAUGUCUCCUGUCUUGCUGCCGCACAUCACUAGUUAUAGUUGCUGCAUUAAUCGCAUCCCUCCUCGCUAGCCCUAUGACGUACUAUCCCUCCCUGUGCUAAGGAGCACUAAAUAUAUAUUUUUUGUGCCUGUACAUUUGCAAGCUGUUUGGAUUGAACACUGAAAAUGUGCAUCACUACCAUAUGGUGCUCUGUUAUAUUUGUCUUGUACGUAGCACUGUGCACAUGACAUUUCACAUAGACUAAAAUAAGAAGUGGUUGUGGUCCUGGUAUUGUAACUUGUAGCACUAUCUCCCCUAAAAUAUGUCCUUGCAUUGUGCACGUGUUUUACUGUAAAAACGAAUUAAAAAGUCAUCAUUUGGCGUCUGCAAAUAUAUUGUUUGCAUACAGGUCAGACAAUCAUUUGUUUAGAGUCAGCCAGUUCAAACACCAGUUCAUCCCAGCUGAAUCUAAAACGUACACAUGUUGCCACUAUAAAAAAACAUAUUGUUAAUACUAAAAUGAAAGUUUUUAAAAUGACAUUCUCAUAUGUCAACACAUUAAGUAUUCAUACUGGCGAAUUGUCAAAUUUUUUAUAUGACUUUACAAAUAUGUAUUUAUUCUACAGCACUUUACAUCCAUAAGGAAUGUUAUAAUACAGUAAUUAAAAAAAAUAUGUGUAUUGAAAAUGUUUUAGUAUACAUUGAGUACAUUUUGUUAUAUGUCCUCGCGUGUAUUUUAUAUGUCUUGUUUCUUGUUUUGUUUAUUCUUAUAGAAAUGGUUAGUGUUGUAAGCGCUCAACUGUGAGGGUUUCAUGCUAAGCACAAAUAAUUUAUACUGGGUGCUAAAUGGCACAAUCCUACCACCUAAUUAAGAUAAUAAGUAAACCAUAGCACACAAUAUUCAUUGUAAAACAUUUAAGAAAAAUCAACAUUAAUAAAGCUCAUUGUAUGAGUAUAAUAUCGCCUCUGUGUAUAAUAACAUAUCCAAAUUUAUACAAUAUGAAUACUGUGACAGACCACCCUGUCACUGGAAUACUUUGUUCUCUUUUAUUCCCUGUUUUGUUUGGUUAAAAAUACUUUUUCCCUGUUUUGUUUGGUAACUGAACAAAACCACGAAAUACCCAGACCACCGGUAUGCUUAUUAACCUCAUUCACCCCUGUUAACACUUCAAUAAUGAUUCACACCUCACUGUUCAAAACUGUCGGCUGGGUGGCCUACGUUCGUAUAUGGACGAAUACAUGGUGGCAGCCAUCUUGUUUAUGCGAACGCAGGCAGCGGUGUUUGGUCGUCAAGUGUAAGGAACUAAAAUCAGAAACUAGUCCUCGUGAACACCGCUGAACUUCCAUUCCCGCCUGCGUUUGUUUCUCCUGGAACACUGUUCGGUGGAAUUAUCCCCACGAAUGAGGUGAACACCAUCUGCAUACCGGCUCAAGCCGGUCAGUAGUUUAUUUGUUUUGUACUCCCGAAAGAGACUGACUGGUACCGUUGAUUCUAUGGAACUAUUUUGGGCAGGAGCCUCGUGACAAAACUUUGCCCUGGUGGCAUUUCGGCUGUAUUCGCUUGAUCUGAGUGCUUCUCGGUUAUGUUGUGCCCUCCGAUCCAGGCAAUCCGGGGAUAUAAGACUUGAGGAGGUACAUGGUUGUUUUAUGUAUGUUUUGGGGUGUCAUAUAAAUUGUAGAUUUGUACCUGAGAGAUAAUUUAAUUAUAUGUUUUUCCCUGUGGUAAUGAUCUCUCAGGUACAGAGGACCAUGGGAAGGAUUACCCUGUAGUGUUGUGUUGGAAACCCCAUAAAUGAGCUUUUGCAUAAAAGGUUGUGUGUGGCCCUGAAUAAAACAGUUAACUCCCAGCAUUCAGUCUCGACUAAUGUCUGUAGGGGAAAGCUAUACCUGCUUUAGAUUAUUACUACUUGGGGAAUUCUACUUUUUAUUGCUACUAUUAUUGGAAUUGCUGCAGCAGAGUUCUGGAAGGAGGGAAAAAAGACAUCUUUGGCAGCGAAACCCAUGUUCCUAUCCGGGUGGCCACCACAAAUACAUAUGCAAACAAGAUCAAAUAUGUAUAUGCCAUAAACACAAAUGUUAUCUCAAGUUCACUGAAAAAGAGAGUGGAGACCACAACCCCAACCCCAACAUUUCAGCCUGAUCUUGAGAAAGGCAUUGGAGCGCACUUGUGAAUCUGUUCAGGGUUUUGAUACCAUCUGGAGAUAGGCCUAAAGUUUGUUUUCUGGAUUUUAGACUUAUGAGCCAGAAUGAACAUUGUCUCCCAGAAACAAUGCAGAGAAGUAGACCCUUGGACAGAGACACACACAAUUAAAACUUCUGAUUUGUCCAGGUUUAACUGGAAAUUGAGAUUGCACAAAACUCUGAGAAUGCAUCUUACAUAUUAGGUAGUGAUAUCUGAGGUUGGUCAAAGGCAAAUAAUAAAUUGUUGGCAUAUGUGAAGCACAUCAAACACCCUGGUUUUGUCAUCCUUUGCCUCUCUACCCAGGAGAAAGCCUGUUUGAUCCAAGCUAGUACCUUGCAAAAAAAAUGAGAUCCACGUUGAGUAAAGAGUCAAUAACUUUGGCACUGCUCAGGAUCCUUCCCUUCCUUGGGGAUUAUGGCUAUAGUAGUCAUGAGGGAGGCUCUAUGAAAACCUACCCCUGGAGGAUAGAGUUAAAGCUCAGGAGCAUACGUGGGUAAAGUACUUCCCCAUCUGGGUGUAGUGUCUCACCCCUGGUCUUCCUGUAGACUUUGUGUACACGACACAGUUGUUGUUUCUUUCUGAGCAUUCUCGCAAGGAGGCACCAUAUUUGGUGGAAUACACGUAAAAUAAACAACUAGACUUUCAUAAAACCAGCAAGUGUUUCUGCACCAAAUGUUUGUUCAAAAGCCUGCGCAUGUUCAGGAGGGCUCUAUGAUCCUCCUCUGAUGAGGAGGCCUUAUGUAUCUUCUCCAAAGAGUAUAUCUGAGCUUAUAACUCCACUACUUGUUACGUCUCCUUUUUUUUUCAAAAAGGUGCAUGUCUUAAUACAGUGAACUCUGAUGGUACACCUAUGGACCUUCCACAGAGUUAACAAUGAUAUUUCUCUUACAUUGUUUUCUGAAAAAUAUUGGGAGAUGGCUUCCCUAACACUACAAGCGACUUCUGGAUCAUACAAAACAGAGUCAUUUAGCCUCCAAUGUCUCUUGAAAAGACAAGGCAAGGGAUAUGUAAGGCUGGCAGAUACCUAUAAAUUGUCAGACCACAUUGCAGAUUAACUUUGUCAAUGGCUCCUGGGCCAUCAAAACAAAUUGUACAAAGAGGAGUAAUGUGUGUAAUCCCUGCCCUCCAGGUAUGACAUCCUCUAGCAGUCAGCCAGUCAAGCACCCCACAAAGAGCGGCGAAUCUUGCGCAGACGAUGUGUCAAGUAGCUACAUAGCCUUCUGGAGGUAUAAAGCUUGGCUUCAAGUAUUAAGGCCCCCCAACAAAAAACAUCUCCUCUUGUAAGCUAUCCAAUUUUGAUAAAACAGUUCCAAGGAACCUGUCCGUGCCUGAAUUGGGGGAGUAUAUAAAGGUGAAAGUAUUUGCAUGUAAGGCCAGGAUGCCAUGAACAAAAAUGAAUCUUUCGCCUUAAUCCACUAUUGAAGUAGUGUAACCAAACAGAGUAUAUUUAGAAAAUAAUAUUGCUACCCUACUUGUUUUAGCUAGAGGAUUGUUUGCAUAAUACAUGCAGGAUAGUAUGAGUCCCCAAGCUUAGGAGCAAACGGCUGCACAAAAAUGUGUUGAGAAGGUUAUUUUUAAUCAAAAAGGAUCCGAUUCAUUCUGUUAGUUUUUAUGUAAACUUUGGAGCUUACCUGAGUAGUACGUUUCUGGCAAAGAAGUGGGUGUUAAACAAACAUGCAAUAAUAAUGCACUGUAAAAUGAUAUGUGUAAUGAAAUACUAUUACAUCAAAUACUCCUACAUAAUUCAACUAACAUGAGCUCUUAAAAUGAAAACAAGGUAGGACAUUAUCUAUUACCUAAUAUACACAGAAAGUGAAAGUCAAACAUAAUAUCAUAUUGCACUUUGCAAGAUAAUGACACUGAAAUGAGAAAAGGAAAGCUUAACGGACCACUAUAGGCACCCAGACCACUUCAGCUUAAUGAAGUGGUCUGGGUGCCAGCUCCAGCUAGGGUUAACCCUUUUUUUCUAUAAACAUAGCAGUUUCAGAGAAACUGCUAUGUUUAUAUUAGGGUUAAUCCAGUCUCUAGUGGUUGUCUCAUUGACAGCCGCUAGAGGCGCUUCUCACUGUGAUUUUCACAGUGAGAAGACGCCAGCGUCCAUAGGAAAGCAUUGAGAAUGCUUUCCUAUGAGACUGGGUGAAUGCGCGCACGGCUCUUGCCACACAUGCGCAUUCAGCCGAUGACGGGGAAAGGAGGAGAGUCCCCAGCGCCGAGGGAGCCCGGCACUGGAGAAAAGUAAGAUUUUAACCCCUUCCUCUACAGCCAGCCUGGCGGGAGUGUGACCCUGAGGGUGGGGGCACCCUCAGGGCACUAUAGUGCCAGGAAAACAAGUAUGUUUUCCUGGCACUAUAGUGGUCCUUUAACAAUCUACUAAAAAUGCUUGUUUCAAUAAUAGUACUAUUAAUCUAUUUAUCUGUUUGACUGUCUCCCUACUUAUCUCGGUUGACAAAAAGUAUCUUGGUUAACAAUACGUUGGGUUCUUAGAGCUGCCAUUCCCCAGAUUACAAACUUUCCUUACAGUAGUUUUAUUCAGCUCAAUUUACUAAGCAGAGUAAAGGGCCACCAUGGAGCACUCCGCAUCUCCUCUCUCACAGAAGCUGUCUUCAUUGAGCUAAGCCUGGCCUAGAAGGCUUACCUAAGGAGAACCAAUGGAGGCUCCUAAGCAGGAGCGUUCGACUCACAUUUCAGCAGAGAGGUGGUGUGAAGUGCUGCCCAGCAGAAACAUCGAAUGUAAUGGCAGAUAAGAACCAUUCGGUUCUCUGUAAUGUCAAUGUUUUACAUUGCAAAACUAAGUGCAAAAGGGACAAUGCGCUGAAGUGGUCUGGGUGCCUACAGUGUUCCUUAAAUCUUGACCACUUCAGUUGGAAGGCUAUUCCAUGCGUCUCUGUAAAGUAAUACUUGCUCCUCUAACUCAAGACUAUGUCCUUUUGUUGUGGUAGUUUUUCUUCUUUUAAGUAUAGUCUCCUCCUUUACCGUGUUAAUUCCCUUUAUGUAUUUAAAUGUUUCUGUCAUAUCCCCCCUGUCUCGUUUUUCCUCCAAGCUAUACAUGUUAAGAUCCACUAACCUUUCCUGGUAAGUUUUACCCUCCAAUCCAUUAACCAGUUUUGUAGGCCUUUUCUGACCUCUUUCCAAAGUAUCAAUAUCCUACUGGAGAUGCAGUCUCCAGGCCAUAGAUAAAAAGUCAUACACUUACUAAAUAUGUUUGACUACUUACACUAGUUGGGUGGUACCAUAACUACUACAGCCCACUGUAGUCAUUAUGGUGCUUGGAGUGUUUCUUGAAUGCUGUAAUUAGAGAGAUCAGCUCCCUCACACCAAGAUCUAUUACAAAUAUUUAAAAAAUUAGAUUCCUUGGAAACCGGUAGGUGCUCAAAAUGGGCCCCAAACAUUUUUCCUUUCAGGAUGAGGCUAAUGAUAUAAUGUAAGAAGGCCAUUAGAUAUCUAGGCUCCUGGCCAUAAGUGAAUUGGGACUGAGCAGCCUCUGACCCUUUCUGCUGGGCCAAGAGAUUGACCAGCUCCAGGUUCCUUUAAAACUUUCAGGCCAGAUAGAGCCAUUUGAGGUCUGAGCCAUCUCUUAGCUCUAUUUAGAGAACGCCAGGACACACUGGGUAUCUCUUGACUCUCUUAUUCAAUUAUCCUCCAAAUAAAUGCCCAAAGGGCACAUCAUUCUUCAACCAACAGCUGCAUACUAAAUAACAUCUUUCAAACAGAAGAAUCUAUUGUUUAUCUCAAAGGCAGCAAUUUUGUGCCAGAAUAUUUGUACAUACAAAUGAAUGUACACAUUAGAAAAUAGCUUGAGGCUUGUACCUUUAACCUAAGUAAGUAAAACCUCCAAGUUCAGCUAACUGUAUUUUGCAAUACAAGACAAUAUUUCACAGGCAAUUAAUGUACCUGUAUAGCAUCAGCCAUACACACCAUCACCAGUAUUAUAUAAUAUUUACUGGUGUAGUAUAAUGUGCUACACCAAAAAUAUUCACAUCAUCAUUAAACAUUAUACAAACACACUAACAAAACGUUUAGACUUGGUAUUGCUUAAUUCUGCUAUUUAUAGAGGUUUCAAAACAAAAAGUCAGCUCACCUCCAAAACACAUGCUACAGCAAAACUGGGGAAACUAAAUCUGAACCACUGUACUGGCUAAACAUCGCAAAAUAUUUUAGAAACAGUAGAAUUACAUACAAACAUACAGCAUAGUGUACAGAACCAGAAACACACACAGAGCCUGUCUGUACUCGCUUCUAAAGCAGUUCAGAGAUUAAAGCGAUUUUUCCUCUCACUCCUUGCCUUAUAGGCGUGGAUAUAAGAAGGGUGUCUGUUUUUGGGUCACUGUAACCCCACCCCUACAUUGCCAGCAAAAGAAAACUUGCAACAGUCUGAAACGUGAGUGUGUACAUUCCUAAUGAAAACCAUGUGGAAAUUGUGGAAUAGAAUUAAACCAGAGCCUCAUGGCUAUGUUUUAGGGGGAGGAAAAGUCACCUACAGACAAAUUAUUAGAACCUGCAGUUACAUUGUGUUGCAAUAUUCCUCCUUGAAGUUCUAAGACUGUGCACUGGUUCCAGGGUUACACAGUCAGAUAUAAGACUAACUCCAUGAUGUGAUCUGGGUGUUUUGCAGCUCACAGAACAGAGUGGGACUAGAUUCAACUCCAGGUAGCCAACAUGAAGAAAUCUUUCAGGAGCCUGUUCAGCACCUCUGGGGAUAAAGAUAAUGCCACAUACCAAGGAAUGACCCUUCGAUCUGACAGCAGCCUCCUGCAGGAGGAAGACCCCCAGCAAAUAUUCAAGGUAAGUGACCUGUGGUGGCUAUCUAUGCACACUUGUCAGAUCUGUCCUGAUUGGGGGUGUUUGCACUAAAUUCUAAGUUGUGUUGAGUUGCUAAACUGACAGGGCUAUUCAAUAAAGUGGGAAUUCAAAUUCAAGGUCCUAAUGCCAAACUGGAAAUAUUAUAUAAGUCUGCUAUGCUUUCAUUUUGGCUUCUCUGGAUUUUAAUUUAAAAUUUACUUGGGAUUCUUGCUUUAGUGAACAACCCUGUAAAAAAAUAAGAUUAAAGGAGCGCUAUAGUGCCAGGAAAACAAACUCGUUUUCCUGGCACUGUAGGUUUGUUAGGUCACUCCUUCAGCCAAUUACCUUAACCCAGCGCCGGGCUCCCUCGGCGCUAAUGACCUCUCCUGCCUCUGCCAACGUCAGCUUCGAAUGCGCAUGUGUGGCCAGAGCUGUGCGUGCAUUCAAACCGCCCAUAGGAAAGCAUCACUCAAAGCUUUUUCUAUGGACAUCCAGCGUGUCCUCAAUGCGAUUUGCGGAAGCGCCUCUAGUGGCUGUCAGGGAGACAGCCACUAGAGGCUGGAUUAACCCUCAAUGUAAAGAUAGCCAAUGUAAAGAUAGAUGUUUACAGCUGCAGAGUUGAAACUAGAGGGACCUGGCACCCAGACCACUUCAUUGAGCUGAAGUGGUCCGGGUGCAUAUAGCGGUCCUGGUAAUUCACUACAGUGAGAAUUCAAAGUAAAUCUAAAAUUGAAAGUCUAAAUAGUCCAAAUGGAAAAAUAGUAAACUAUGCUCCCUUUGAAUACUCACUUUAGUUAAUUAUGCCUUAUUAAUACUGCAAAAACAAAAGCUGUCUUUUUCUGCAAAGUCUACUGUCCUUGAAUACUUGAUGUAGUCUUGUUUAACCCCUUCAGGACGGGUGACGGACGAGGUCCGUCACAGAGGGGAGACCCUUAACGACGGGUGACGGACGGACCUAUCGCGGCGAUUGCGGGGUUAAUGGUGCUCCCGGUAUGCCUCUGCAUUAGAGGCAUACCGGGAGCACCCGGUCAGGCUGCCCAGCACAUGUGUUGCGGUCAGAGCGAGCACAUGUGCUCUGUAUACUUACCUUCCGGCUCCCUGCACUUCCAGGUUCUGUGUGAAGUGCAGGGAGCCGGAUCAGUGCUGAUCCUGCCCCCUGCUGUUUAAAAAAAUAAAGUUUAUUUAAAGUCCCCCCCCCCCUUACCCAUUUUAAUAAAAAAUUAACCCCUUCCCUGCCAAUUGAUCACUGACUACAGUGAUCAAUUGGCAGGGAUUACAUUUUACUAUGAUCUGAUUUUUUUUUUAACCCUCAGGGGUUAAAUUAAAUUAAUUAAAUUAUUUUUUAAUUAUAUAUUUAGCUAGCUGGGGUAGGUGGAAGUUAGUGGGGAAUUGGGGGAUUUGGCGUUAGGCUAACUAGGGGUUAACGUUAAAAAAAGUUUUAAAAGAAACUUUAAAAAGUUAAAAAUUAAGCUUAAAAAUGUUUUAAUAACAUUUAAGUAAAAAAAACACACUUUACCUAGUCCAAAUAAAAAUUAACCCCUUCCCUGCCAGUCGAUCACUGCCUACAGCGAUCAAAUAGAGAUCACAGUAUUAUAUUGUGAUCUAAUUUUUUUUAACCCCUGAGGAUUAACUUUUAUUUAUUUUUUUAACCCUCAGGGGUUCAAUUUAUUUAAUUAAUUAAUUUAAAUAUUUUAUAACUAUAUAUUUUGCUAGCUGGGGUGGGUGGGAGUUAUGGGAAAAUGGGGAAUUUACUGUUAGUGCUGCGUACUGCUAGUUAGGGGUUAACGGUAAAAAAAAAAACUUAGAAAAAUGUUAAAUCUGUAAAAAAGUUUUAAGAAAGUUUAGGAAAGUUUAAAAAAAAUUUAUAAGCAAAACAAAAGUUUAAAAACUAGUUUUUAAAAGUAAAAAAGUUAUAAAAAGUAAAAAAAUACAUUUUAAAAAUGCUCAUUACCACUACACCUGGAACAAACUAGAGAAAAAAUUAUCCCACGCCAAGGUUCAAAAUAUGCCUUUUGAAUUACCCCAGGAUGUAUUUUUUAAUAAAUAGUAUGUGUUUGUGGGGAAGUUUCAAUAACCAACCGUCUAAACUACUCCAAAUUGGAACAUGGACACAGCGUAAAACUUCAAAGUUAGAAAAAAAAUGAAUGGCUGCGUCUCAAAUGUGCCCCUUCAACAUCCACAUAUACCUGGCAAAGGUACAUACGGGGGUAUUGCUGUACUCAGCCGACAUAGCUGAGCAACAUAUGAAGUAUUAUACAGUCAUAGCACACAUAAGGUUUACAAAAUAUGCUGCGCAAACUCACUUUGUAUGUCAAAAAGGCAGAAAAAAUGCUUAUUACCACUACACUUGGUACAAGCUAGCGGAAAAAUGAUCCCACGCUAAGGUUCAAAAUAUACCUUUUGAAAUACCCUGGGAUGUCUUCUUUAAGAAAUGGUAUGGCUUUAUGGGGAAUUUGGAUUAUAUAGCCUGGUAAAAUACUCUAAAAUGGGACAUAGGCACAGCAUAAAAAUUCAAAGUUUGAAAAAACUGGAAUGGCUGUGUCCCAAAUGUGCCCCUCCGAUGUCCACACAUACCUGGCAAAGGUACAUACGGGGGUAUUGCUGUACUCAGCCGACAUAGCUGAGCAACAUAUGACGUAUUAUACAGUCAUAGUACACAUAAGGUUUGCAAAAUAUGCUGCGCAAACUCACUUUGUAUGUCAAAAAGGCAGAAAAAAUACUUAUUACCACUACACUUGGUACAAGCUAGCGGAAAAAUGAUCCCACGCUAAGGUUCAAACUAUACCUUUUGAAACACCCUGGGGUGUCUACUUUAAGAAAUGGUAGGCCUUUGUGGGGUAGUUUGAAUUUAAAACCUGCGAAGAUGCUUGGAAAUUGCACAUAGGCCCAGCGUCAAAAUUCAAAGUUUGGUAAAAACGGAUAUGGCUUGGUCUCCUAUAUGGCACUGUAGCUUCACAAAAUAGUGCCAAAGACAUUCAUUGGGGGUGUAUUUUUACUCAAAAGACUUAGCUGAGCAUAAUAAUUUGGGAGGUUUGAACUUAGUGGCACAUAUGAAAUAUACAAAACGCCCAGCAAAAAUGCAAUCCGUAUGUAAAAAAUGCACAAAAUAAUUUUUUACCACAUACUUUGGCAUAUAUUGGUGAAAAAAUGGGGGUAUGUUAAGGCACAAUAUGCACCUUAUAAGAUACCCUGGAGUGUCUCCUUUUACAAAUGGUAGGCCUUUGUGGGGGUUUUUUGAACAGUCAAACUGUUAUAAUACCCCAAAUGGAAGCUAAGGCUCAUUAAAUCCAUCUCUCAAAAUUCUACUGUGAAUACUGUAAAGGACAGGUCUCCUAUAUGGCACUGUAGCUUCACGAAAUAGUGCCAAAGACAUUCAUAUGGGGUGUCAUUUUACUCAGAAGACUUAGCUGAGCAUAAUUUGGGGGGUUUGAACUUAGUGGCACAUAUGAAAUAUACAAAACGCCCAGCAAAAAUGCAAUCCGUAUGUAAAAAAUGCACAAAAUUAUUUUUUACCACAUACUUUGGCAUAUAUUGGUGAAAAAAUGGGGGCAUGUUAAGGCACAAUAUGCACCUUAUAAGAUACCCUGGAGUGUCUACUUUUACAAAUGGUAGGCCUUUGUGGGGUUUUUUGAACAGUCAAACUGUUAUAAUACCCCAAAUGGAAGCUAAGGCUCAUUAAAUCCAUCUCUCAAAAUUCUACUGUGAAUACUGAAAAGGACAGGUAUCCUAUAUGGCACUGUAGCUUCACGAAAUAGUGCCAAAGACAUUCAUAUGGGGUGUCAUUUUACUCAGAAGACUUAGCUGAGCAUAAUUUGGGGGGUUUGAACUUAGUGGCACAUAUGAAAUAUACAAAACGCCCAGCAAAAAUGCAAUCCGUAUGUAAAAAAUGCACAAAAUUAUUUUUUACCCUGGAGUGUCUACUUUUACAAAUGGUAGGCCUUUGUGGGGUUUUUUUGAACAGUCAAACUGUUAUAAUACCCCAAAUGGAAGCUAAGGCUCAUUAAAUCCAUCUCUCAAAAUUCUACUGUGAAUACCGAAAAGGACAGGUAUCCUGUAUGGCACUGUAACUUCACGAAAUAGUGCAAAAGACAUACAAUGGGGGUGUCAUUUUACUCAGCAGAUGUAACUGAACACAAAAUAAAACUUUGUACAGGAAUAGCACACACCAACAAAAUAUACACGAGAAUUUCUCUGUUAUAAGUUUGUGUGCCAAAAACCAAAAAGAACACAAUUUUACUCCAAUAUUUAGCAGAGGUUGGCGGUGAAAUGGCUACGUAGAAAGUGUCAAAACAACCUUAGGUAAAUAGCCCGUGAUGUCUACUUUAUAUAAAUAUAUACUUUUGUGUGGCAAUUUUGUUUUCUUUUAUGGCUAUUAAGCUUACAAGACAAACAUACCAAAUUCUAAAAUCGCUCCACAUUAAAAUUUUAUUUUACUCCUUGUGCUUUGUGACCUGUAACUACCAAAAAAAACUUAAAAUCCCAGACACAUUAUAUAUUCUGUAAAUCAGAACAAAUAAAUAAAUUUAUUUUUAAUUACUUUCCUUAACCUGCACUAAUUAUGCACACAUUAUUAUUGCAAAAACUGUAAAAAAAAACAAUAUUUUUCAUUUUUUUUGCAUUUUUCUGUAUUUUUUUUAUAAUAAGUAAGCAUUUAUAUAUAUAUAUAUGUUAUAUCAAAUUAAAGCCCUUUCUGUCCUUUAAAAAACAGUAUAUAAUAUGUGUCGGUGCAAUAAAUGAGAGAGAUGCAAAUUGCAGUUGAACGCAAACAGCAAGAAAAUGCAAAAAUUGCUUGUGUCAUUAAGCGUAGGUCAAGCUUCUGAAGCUGUGUCCUUAAGGGGUUAAUAUACUGUUUAGCAAAUAAAUGUUUUGUAUUAAUUUCAAUCUGUUUAACUCUUGUGACAUUGUAAACCUUUGAAACAGGCACCAAAUUCAAGACAAGUUUGUGGGUUUUUUUUUUUUUUUUUGCAGAAAAUAUGCAAAUAUUAUUUCUGAACAGCAAUUACAAACAGCUGUAGUGUUUGUUUAUUAUAAACUAAACACAAAAUUCAGUGUGACAGGAACAUACAAACUAAACAAGGUUCUUAUUUUUUUUAUUUACGUCAGUGGGUGCCAGGCAGCCAUUGUAUUUUAUAUAUAACAUGUCCAUAUUAUAUCAUGGCAGAGCAGACAGCGUCCGUUGGCCCUUGAGCUGUUAACAAAUUCUCUUACUUCAAUAGUUAUCUUAAUAUCCAUUUAUGAGAAAGUAUAGUAAGUAUUAAAACAAACUUAAUGGAAGAACUUGAGACACAAUUGUUUGGGUAUCUACCAGUGCACCAAGGGUUAAAUGAUAGAGGACGAGUAUAUUCACAGGGUGGCGGUGUUUAAAUCCGCCAAACAUGAAGCAAUAAUCAGGAAUGUACAGAGAUAGCCCUUUAACACCCGAUGGAUAAUAAUGGGAAAAAACUACCGUUGGGUUAAGACAUUUGUAUCUUAUUUUUUCACUUAGAUCCAUAGUAUAACAAAUUUCAUAAUAGCCAGAGCCAUAGUCAUAGGUUUAAUCAUAGACAAAGGCAAAUUAGAAGGUGGUUUCUGUUUUUAAAGGGAUAUUUCAGAAAUAGGAUUGGUUGAAAACAGAAACAAUCAUAGGGACUCUAUAUGCACCAAAUCAACAUUCACUUAAAUGGACACUCCAGGCACCAAAACAACUUCAUUUAAAGGUUGUUAUGGUGCCAGGAAGCCCCCGGGACAAGGCUCCUGAAUUCGAGAACAGUCAGCUGACACUCUCAGCCAAUCAGCCCCAUUCACUAAACUAGCUUAGAGAAGGUACAUUUGUUUCCAAGCCAGUUUAGUGAAUGGGGAGUCACUGAUUGGAGGCAAUUUUGGGGUUAAACCGUUCGAGAAAGGUUUGAGAUAAGAGUGCCUCUGUGGACCUCCUCACACCAUAACAACUUAAUUUAGAAGAAGUUGUUUUGGUGCCUGGCGUGUCCUUUUAAUGAAGCAGUUUUGGUGUAUAAAUCAUGUCCCUAUAGUCUCAAUAGUAAUUUUCUGCCAUUUAGGAGUUAAAACACUUUGUUAAUACAGCCCCAGCCAUACUUCCCUAUAUGUUACUUACACAGCCUUCCCAAACAUUUUUCUAAAGAAAGCUAUAAUGUCUAAAACUUCAUUAUUGCUCUGUUAAUAGCCUUCUAGACCCUGCAGGAACUUUCUGUGUGUGAUUAAAGUUCAAUUUACAGAGCAGGAAUAAAAAAAAAACUUAUAAAGCAAGUUUGAUUGAAAAUGAAUCAAUUUUUUCAUGCAGGCUGUGUGCGUCACAGCCAGGGGAGGAGUGGCAUUGGCUGCGUAAACAGAAACAAAAGUGAUUUAAAUUGAGCAGUGAGACUGCAGGGACACGAUCUAUGCACUAAAACUGCUUCAUUAAAGGGUUUCUCCAAACAUUUUUUUGUAUGAAAUAGAAAAAUGCCCUACCAGCGUUAUUCUAUAUGUCCCCCCAUAAUAAUUGUUCAAAGAAGAUUUAAUUACCGCAAUCCAACUUCAGUUGAAGCUCCCGGCGCUGCUUGGUGCACCACCAUGUAAUAUCACAGGAGCAACACCAAGGUCCAAUCAAAAUCUUCUCAUAAAAAAGCCUUUGAUUGGAGAAUUUAACAAGGGGAGGGCAGUGGAUCAAGAAAAUAUUGGAUUGGAUUGGGAAGAGAGAGAGGGGAUAAUAGCUUCUGCAAGGGGAAUAGAACGAUAUAAGCAUUGAAUGUAUUGAUAAAUAAGUAGUGUGGUAAAAUAGUUGGCAAUUUUUUUUACAUUAGGCAGCCCCAAACAGUGUUCUGGGCUACCUAAAAGAGUUUUGGCUUCUUAAGUCACGUGUGCUGGUUGUGCAACUUGCCCUGGCACAAAAUGUAAAUGAUCUCUGUUGAAACUCUGAACAUCCAAACUCCAAUCUGAAACACUGCACUUUCAACCUUCUACCACCAUGACCACUUCAAUAAGCAGAGGUGGUCACAGUAGUUGGAGUAAACCUUUAAGCUUAAGUUGAUGUGAUGCCCAUUACUGCAGAUGAAUACCUGCCGUGCCUAUAGUGUCCCUUUAAAAAAGACAACAUACCUUAACCUACCUGUGAGUUUUACUAAUAAUAGUAUUCAUGGGGAUUUUAAGGGUUGUGGUGUCAAGAGCCAUCAGUUUUUUUCUGGUCAGUUAGUUAGUAUUUCCAUGACUGUCCUAAUCAGAAAAUAAUAAAUAAAAAAAUAAAAAAUUUCAUUAAAUUCUUUAUUUUUGUAGAGCAUAAAGAUGAAUACAGACAAGCCUACAAUGCCCCAACAGCAAUAGCAGGCAUUUUAAAAUACACAUUUCGAAAUAACAGCACUAAUUUUAUGGUAGGCUAGGCACAUAUGUCUAAAACAUUGGCUUAAACCUAGCGGGUAGACACAGAGAUUGGUAUCAGAAAAGAAAUAGUAUAAUAAAAUAUGCUUAAUUACUCAGUGUAGCUAUGUUUGGUUAAUGUUGAGUGAAGAAGUGUGUACCAGCUCUAUCAUAGUUAAAGGGAGCUUAAAACCCAAAAUUAGUUGUGAGCUACGCUGCUGAAAUAACUAGAGAUAGGUAUUGCACCCAAAAGGUCCCUGAUGAGAUAGGAGAGGCCAGAGUAUCUGAGACCUGUCAGUCCCAAAGUUUAAAGGGAAACUUUAGUGCCAGGAAAACAAACUUGUUUUCCAUGCACUAUAGCUUCACCCUCCGUCGAGGCCCCCUCCCCCCACUGUCGUGCAGAAGGGGUUAAAAACCCCUUCUGUAGCUUACCUGGGUCCAGCGCUGAGGUCCCUGGCUCGGGUCCUCCUUCACUCUUCGCAUGCCGACAGCAUCAAUGGCCAUGCUCGCUUUAGGAUUAUCCCAUAUGAAAGCAUUAUUUAAUGCAUAGCAUGUGGACGUCCAGUGUCAUUUAGGCGACCAAAAGUCGCUUAAUCACCCGGAAGUGGUGGCUGUCUGGUUGAAGUAACGGGACCUGUUGUCUGAUUGAAAGCCAGAGGGGUGUAACAAGGAUAAUUUAUAAAAGUUUAAAUCGCUACUGAAAUCUGCACUUGAAAUAUGAAAAUACCAAUUAAAUAGUACACACGUUUCACACAUAAAGCUUUUCAACAAGCAAAAGCUUUAGGGGUCUGGAGUUUCCCUUUAAGAAACAUAAUAGUUGAUUUUGCAUGUUUUACUAAAAGUUGCAAUUUCAAGAGCUGUGUUGUGCCAUCUGGGUGCAUACCAUCUGGCCCUGGAGCUUUGUUUAGAUUAAUGAAAAGCAGUUUGUCAUAUUCCAUCCAAUCGCUUGUUUGCUUAUUCAAUUUUUAUAUCAGCGAAUUGCAUGUCUACCACUAUAGGUUAUCUUUGCUUUAUACAAAAAGGUAAGUCCUGCGCUCACUCCCAUCACUACUGGGCCGCAGCAAUGACUACAGAACACAUCAGCCCCAAUAUAUAGUAAAAACCAAAGAAAAGAAAAAGUUACUUGCGCAGGUAGUCAUUGCUGCCGGCCCAGUAGUGAUGGGAGUGAGUGUAGGACUUAUCUUUUUGUAUUUGUAUUUACUUUGUAUCACACAGCCUUGUUACAAUGCUGCCUCCUAUCCCAUGUGUUCUCUAUUAAGGGUUAAUAAGUAUAUAAGGGCGUAUAUAAAAAAUACCCCUCUGUCUCAUUAGAGAUAUCUUUGCCAGAAGCUCAAGGAAGCAGGCUGAAGGGUCAGUGUUAGGACCCGCAUUAGGGGGGUCUGCCUUGACGUUUGGCAGGCGGGCAUUCCCUCCAACUAAAUGUCAUUGUCUAAAUAUACAUAAGGAUUAAGGAGAGAACACAGGUAACUUUUUCUUUUCUUAUCUUUGCUUUAUACUGACAAAAAAAAGCUUCUGCCUUUUCCUGAUCCUCCUUUACUCACACACCCUUCUCUGACUUCCAUUUUCCAACAGUUUGGCUUGAGAUUUUUAAGAACAAUCGAGAGCAACUGUGCAGCUUGUACUAUUAAUAAAGUGUGACAUUAGUCCAGAGUUCUAGAUGUGUUGCAGUUACUGUGGAAACAACUGAAUGACUGCUCAUUUUGGUAAUUUGGUCCAUUACAACUUUGACCAAGGAUCGCUCAUUGUGCAGAGGUAAAGGUUGCUAAUCACAUGCUUCAUUAUGUCCAAGCUCUAAUGAAAACUAAUAAGGUGUUUAUUUACAUCCAGCUUAUUGCAGAAGGGAAUCUUUGCCGCAUUCGAAGCUUUAUAUUGAAGAAUCCUACAUGUUUGACUGUCAAGGAUGACUCUGAUGCUACUCCUCUCCAUUACGCUGCAAAACAUGCUUUAUUGGAGCUGAUAUUGAUGAUUAUCAAUGAAGGGACAGAAGAAGGUAAUACAUUAAUAAACUAAUCAAGUAUUAAACACAUAAUGAUCAAAUUCAAUAAAGGAACACUCCAGUGCUAUAACAAAAUCUAGGUAUUUAUAACACUGCCAUGCUCUGUAGGUUUUUGAAAUAACUGGGCCCUCAAUGUAUAUACUGUUACUAACUAGGAAAGCAUACUAUAGGCACCAAAACAACUUUAGUGUAAUGAAGCAGUUUUAGUGUACAGAUGCUCAUUGCACAAUUCACUGUGAUUUAGAAGUUAAAUCACUUUUGUUUCUGUUUAUGCAGCCCUAGCCACACCUCCUCUGGCUAUGACUCCAUAUAGCCAGUGUGAAAAAAAAAUAGUUUAAUUUUCAAUCAGACGUAACUUACUUUAAACGGUUUUAUCUCCUGCUCUGUAAUUUGAACUUUUUUCACUCCUGCAAGGUCUAGCAAGCUAUUAACAGAGCAGGAGAUAAACAAAUUCUAAAUUAAACAUAAUCUGCAAUAAAAAAGUGUAAACAUUGGAUAACUCUUUAAAGGAAGUGUUUAGUUAGUCUGUGUAAAUCACAUGCAGGGAGGUGUGACUAAGUCUGUAUAAACAAAGCAAUUUAAUUCACAAAUGGCAAAAAUGUGAGCAAUGAGACUGCAUGGGGCAUGCUUUAUUAAACUGCUUCAUCAAGCUAAGGUAGUUCUGGUGCCUAGAGUAUGCCUUCAAUCUAGAGGUGAGAUGGUAUGUGUAGCUCUGCCCCUCUUCCUGGAGAUCAUCACUAGUUAUGACCUUCUCAUCCAAACCAAAGCAGUGGGACGCAGGCCAAAUGAGCUCCUGGUUGUCAGUGGCACUGGACUGUCUUAAGUGGUAAGUGGCUUACCAAUUUAUUGUGUUGGAACAGAGAGGAAAUUGUGUUGGAAUCUGGGUGUAGAGGAAAGCAAGCUGGGGGAGAGAUUUGGAGCAUGGAGUGAGAGGGGAAAUGGAGCUUUAAGGAGGAAAGGGGGGGCUGUGGACAGAGAGGUGAAUCAGUUGGGGUCACACAUAUUUGUGUUUGUGUGUGCAAGUAAAUGUGUGUGUGUGUGUGUGUGUGUAUAUAUAGGAGUCUGAGUCUGUAUGUGGAUGUGUUUGUGUAUGAGUCUGUGUGUGAGUAUAUUUCCAUGUGUGUGUUUGUGUAUUAAUCUGUGUGUAUGUAUAUCAAUGUCUAUGUAUGUGUGUAAACCCUCCCAAGACACAAUAAAUAUCAGCAGAGUAGGCACCUGCUGUUCGGGUAAUCAGGUGCCUACUCUGCUAAAGUGAAUAUCUGCCCACCUUGAGGGGCCCUUAGGUGGUCCCAUUAGGGCCCCCAAAGACAGGCAGAACAGAAAGGGCCCGGUCGCAAUUGCGACCCCAGAGGUCCACGUUGUUCUGUCACUGCAUUAAACAAAAGUGCUUUUUGUAGUUGGAGUGUGUAUGCAGAAAAAAAUGUAAUUAGUGUUUUGUUGCAAUUUCAUCAUUAUAUUGUUCUUUUUCUGCCUGGUAGUGCUCGAUGUAGUGGAUUGCAAAGGAAACUCACCUCUUCACUGGGCUGUGAAUAAAAACAAAUUAGACAGUGUGAAAGUACUCCUGUCAAGGGGAGCUGACCCAAAUCUUCAGAACUUCUACAAACAAUCACCACUGCACUUGGCGGUUCAGUUACAUCAUAACUCCAUUGUUGAGGUAAAAGACAAACAUUAUCCACAUGUAAAAAUUAUAUUGCAGAUUCUCUAUAGAGAACAAUAAUGUGUAAAAAUAGUUUCAUGGUGCGUUGGCUCGCAGUUGUGGAGUUGUGUUCUGCUUCACGUCUGAGGAACUGAACAUAUGCCUAAUAUACACAAAUGUUAUAUCCAGCCCUCAUUAAUGAAAAGAUUCUAUUUUAUUGGUGCAUUUCCUUUCCUGUCUGUAUGCAUUCUUUGUCCAUCACACAAAACGUUGACUUGUUGAUUGGUAAUAGUCAUCAUGGUACAAAUAUAUAUAUAUAUAUAUUUUUUUUUUUUUUUUGUGAAAAAUUCAUAUAAAAUAUUUUGACAAAAACAGGCUGAUAAGCUCACUGGUACAAUAACACCUACAUGUAAUAGGUAUGUUAAAGAUGGUCAUGUUAGGAAAGCAUUAGAUAGCUGGUAAGUGUGGUAGCAUGUUAUGGAACUGUUUAAAAUGUAAUAAAUUGCUAACACAUUGGAAUGUACAAGAUUUGGGGAGUAUAUGUUGGGAAGAGGAAUAUAUCGGGGUAUUUGUGCCUGUGAAUGCAAGAUUUUACUUAAUUUAAUUAACUGAACAGUGAUUGAAUCAGUGUUUUGUAACCCAGACUUGUGUCACUGUGGUGAAAUUGUUCUAUUGAUCCGCUGAUCCCCCACUGCUGUUGUUCCCUCUAUUAAUACAUGAUUGUUAUGGCAAUAAAGGUUGCACUUGUUGUGGCUAGUGUACUGGGAAAGGAGGUAAAAUAGUUUUACAGUACAUAAUUAAUUUCCCUUUUUUCAUUAUUGUUGUAGAUAAAAAAUACACGAAGGGCUAUUCCAAGUUAAAAAAAAAUGUAGAAUUAGCAAUUCUAUUAGCUUUCCUAUGGGGAGGGCCUAAUGCACAUGCGAGCAUGCGCAUUAGCCCCCAGAUUAGAUUCUUUAGGAGGAGACCAAGCUCCGACCUGGCAACAAGGGACAUCGGUGCUAGAAUCGAGUAAGUGUUAUUAUUAUUGUUUUAUUAUUUAUACAGCGCCAGCAAAUUCUGUAGCACUGUAUAAUGGGAGGACUAACAGACAUGUAAUUGUAACCAGACAAACCUGGACGAACAGGAACAGAGGGGCUUAGGGCCCUACUCAAUGAGCUUAAAUGCUCGAGGGAGUGGGGUAUAGUGACACAAAGGGUAUAAGUAGGGGUAACGAAGUAGGUUGCUAGAGGGCUUAGUAGGUUAUUUUUUACAGUUGCGGGAGAGGAGUCAUGGGGGGUAUGAAAACCUGCUAACAGGCUUACUUCCUGAAGAAGUGAGUUUAAAAAAAAAUAUAUAUAUAUAUAUAUAUAUAUAUAUAAUUAUUCUUUAUUUUUUUGCAAUGACAUUGGCAUCAAUAUAUCAUCAAUACAGCGGCUUUUGCAAAAGCCAAAACAGGUUUCACGUAUACUUGCUUUGUUACAGAAAGGAAAAGGUGUGUGUUAAGUCAUACAGUGACAAUCAGUAUGGUUGCAACCUGUCAGAGAUUUUACCGCUUUUCCAUUCUUACAUAAGCUAACUCUGUGAGGCAGAGUUCUUGAAGAGGGGGGGGAAGGAUAUAGAGACAGAGGGGAGGAGGAGGGGGGAGGAUGAGGAGCAUGGUUGGGGGGUGGUCGGCGCAAAACCAUUUUGUACUUGCGAAAUCAAUUGGCGUGGUUUGCGGAGGCUUGGGGUUCCUGGUCACACUCCAGAGACUGUCUCCCAGGGCUCCCACAUCUUGGCAAAGUUUUUAGUGGUUCCUCUUGUUAAGGCUGUUAGUUUGCCCAUGAUGUAAUUAUCUUUCAUUUUGGCAAUCACCAUGGUUAGCAGUGGCAUAUCCUGUUGGAGCCAGGUUUGGGCUAAGGAGCGCCUGGCAGCUAAGUUAAAUUUAUCUAGAAGUCAUUCCCUUUUUGUCCAGGUGUCAAUCAGUUUAGAGAGGAGGAACACCCAGGGGUCUAGUUGUAUCUGUUUGGAGAGAAUCUCUGACGCUAAGUCACGGACUGCUGCUCAGAAUUUGGUAAGCUUUGGGUAAUUCCGCCACAUGUGGAUAUACGUCCCUCUGUUCCCACAGAGCCUCCAACAUAGGUCUGAUUGUGUUUUUCGCAUGUGAAAUAGUUUUACCAGGGUUGCGUACCACUGGAGCACGGUCUUGUAGGCUUGUGCCUGCAUAACCACGCAUAUCGAUGUUUUGCUAUUGGCUUCCCAUAUGUCCUGCAAGUCCGUGCCCUCCAGGACCUCCCCUAAGUCAGCCUCCCAUUGGUUUGUAUAGGUGAGUCUGCCCCAGUCUAGUGUGGUAGAGCAUAGGUGGGAAUAUAGCAUGGUAAUCAUGCCCUUGUGGUGUUUUCCACGUCACAUAUUUUUUCGAAAAAGGUUGGUUUGUUUAGGGCAGCUGCCUAGAAAAGUCUCUGAUCUACCUGUAUCGGAAGAAAUCAAGGGUUGUUAGGUUAGCGCUGUUUAUGAGUUCUGCAAAGGGUAUUACUACUCCUUGUUCAUACAGAUGGUGGAGUCUCUGCAGUCCUGCACGUUCCAGACCUUUAAACUCUCUAGGUCUCAUGCCUGGGAGGAAUGCUAUGUUCCUAAGGAGUGGCGUGAGUGGGGACGGGGAGGACAUAAGCUGAUAUUUUCCAGCCGUUGUAUUCCAGAUCCAGCUGGAGUUGGUCACAGAUGGGCAGUCUGCGGGGUAGGGCUCUACGGUCCUUGGGGACCCAUAUGUAUAAUAGUGGGAGAUCAGCUCCCAUCAGGAGGGAUUCUAGAUCUACCCACCACCUGUCAUCUGUGGGGGGGGGGGGGAGUGCCAUAAUGCUAUCUGGGCUAACUGGGCCACCAGGUAGUAGAAGUGGAGAUGGGGUAGUCCCAAUCCGCCCGCCAACUUUGGUCUGUAUAAUAUAUUUAGUGUGAUUCUAUGUCGCUUAUUUUGCCAAAUAAAGAGGUCGAUGGCAUUUUGUAAGGGGGCCAGAUCCUGUUUGGACACGGGGAGGGGGAUGGUCUGAAAGAGGAAGAGGAUACGCGGGAGGACGUUCAUUUUUACUGAAUUUAUCCUACCGAUUUAGGAGAGGGGUUUAUUGUUCCACCUGUCUAGAUCUGCAAUCAGGGUGGUUAGUAAGGGGGUGUAAUUGAGUCGGUAUCGUUGAUAGGGGUCGGCCAGCAGUUUUAUGUUGACUUUGUAAACUGAUAGGUCCCGUACUGUGUGAGGAGGGGGAGCAGGUUCUGGAGGGAUUCGACAGGUAGUGUCAGGGUGAGGAGUCAUCCGCAUAGCCAGAUACGAAAAACAUUUGGCUACCUCACCAUAUCGAACACCUUCUCGUUUCCGAGGGACAGAAUGAGGGAGGGUGUGCGGGUGGAGGCUAGUCUCCAGAGUAUGUCUAUGUUUCGUGUUCUCAAAGAGUUGUCUGCCCGGAAUGAAACCGACUUGGUCGGCAUGGAUUUGUUUACUGAGGUGGGGGUUCAGCCUGUUGGCCAGGAUCUUAGCUUAGAUGAGGGAGAUCGGUUAUGCGGAUGACUGAUUGAUGAGGGAGAUCGGUUGAUACACUUCCAGCAUCGAUGUCUUUCCCUGGUUUUGGUAUGAGGACUAUAUUGGCAAGGGACAAGUCUCUGUCGUGCAUUCCACCCGUCGUUAGGUCGCUAAAUAGGGAUUGUAGAUGGGGCAGUAGUUUGUCGCGAAAUGUUUUAUAUCCGGUCCAAGGGCCUUCCCACUUUUUCGUGAUGAAAUAGCUUUAGCUAUAUCCCCAGUGAUCGGGGUGCUUAUGUCGUCUACAGCCUGUGAAGGCAAUUUAGGCAGGUUCAUGUUUGCUAAAUAGUUGCGUAUCUUGAGAAUCCACUGUGUUGGUGUGCGUGGUAUUGUUAUAUAGAGCUUUAAGAAAGUCAGUAAAGACGGUUGCUAUGGGUGAAGUUUUAAUUGAGCCGUCCGGGGCUUUAAUAUUAGUUAUGUGAGAAUGCCGUGGUCUGGGUUAUAGUAUGCGGCCAGUAACGUGUCCAAUUUAUUGGCCUUGUCAUAAAAGGUCCAUUUAGACCAUUGAAGGGAUCGGAAUAUGUCAUCCAGGAGGGCAUCCCGAAUUGAGCGUUGUGUGGCUUGUAGUACUGCCGGCUUGUCUGGGGAUAGGUUAAUUUAUGUUUCUGCUCUGCUUUACGGAGUUCAGGAGGGAUGUCAGGAAUUGAGUUUUUAGAGUCUUUUUCCGCAUUGCUAUUUUAAUAAGGGAUCCUCGGAUCACUGAUUUGUGUGCGACCCAUACUGUCGUUAUCGGGAUGUCGGGAAUUAGGUUGUCUUGAAAGUAUUGUGAGAUUUCAGUUCGGAUUGUGUCAACUACUUUGGGGUCUUUUAAUAGGGAGGUGUUUAGUCUCCAUGUCCAUGGCAUAGAUGAGCUGAUCUUGUCCAAGUAGAUAGUCGGCAUGGUCUGACUAUGUGAUAGAGCCUAUUUCUGUUUUAGCUAGUUUGGGAACCCCGGUGUGAUUUCUGAGGAACAGGUCAAUUCUCGAGUAAGUUUUAGGUGGGGCGAAGUAGAACAUGUAAUCCCGUGUGUCAGGGUGUUGUGCUUUCCAUGUGUCAGUGAGUCCUGUCUAUCGGAUAAAAUUAUGGAGCAGCUUGUCCUGUCCGCCCAUUCCAUGUGAGCGAGGGAUCCCAAGGUGUUGAAGUCACCUCCGACUAUGAUUAUACCAGGGGGUAGGGAGUUGACUGUAUGCGCUAGUUUAACCCAACAGUCAGGGGUUGGGGUAUUCAGUGCAUAAAUGUUGAGCAGGUGGUUUGUGAGUCUAGACGACCCGUGACCAACAGGUAUCGGCCCUCCGGAUCUGGGAUAUUGCGUGAGACCUGGAGUGGGCAUCGUUUGUGGAGCAGUAUGGCUACUCCACAGCGUUUAUGAAACGUUCUGGCCUCGAAAGCAGCAUUGUAGAUAUGAUCCGUUAGGGAGAGUUUGGCCGUGACUAGGAGGUGAGUCUCUUGAAGGAAAUCUAUGUCAGGGUUGAGGCAUUUAGUUUCUCUCAGCAUUAAGCCUUGUUUGUUGAGGGUAAAGACCCUUUACGUUAAGGGAGGAGAUUUAGUGUCAUGAGGCAGAAUCAUGUGGCACGUGGGAUAUGCAGGGGGUGUCUGAGGAUGAGGUGGCCAUCGUAUCUUCUCCAAGUGACCCGCCCACCCGCCACUCCAAGAUGUGUUGCCCUGAGAGGGGUGUUAGGUGUGGGUGAGUUGGUUUUGCGACCGACCAGGCAGGGAGGGACAGGGUAAAGGAGAAAGAGGGUGAAGGUAGGAAGAAAGUGAAGAAGAUGAAGUGAAGCAGGUUCUAAAGGUACCUGCGCAGCAUAUCUGGUCUUAUUCCUUGCCAGAUCGAGGGGAGGUGCAUGAGUCCCAGCCAUCACCAGUGUGAGAACUGUCGGGUGACUGAGGUUCAUGGACCAUAACACUGGGGUGAUUCCCCGUUAGCCAACUUCAAUGCAGGUAUAACAAAUGAUAUUAGUAAGCAACAGCAUAACCAUUAAACAAAAAGAAAACAUCACGCUAAAAGUCAGGAGCAAAAAAAUGAGGACUAAGACCCUGUCUGCUAGGGGCCGUCAUGCAUGGUGUCAGGGGCCGGGUGGGAGGGGACAACAAUGUCUGCCCCCACUCCUUCCCCUGAGUGCAGCACCUUGAUCAGUUAAAAGUGCAGAUAUACAUAUCCAUACUCCAAAUACACCCCUUUCUGCUGCAUCUGGAAUACGAUCAAAUUAUAAAUUUGAAACUCGUGCUGCAGUGGGUUGCACGAGCCACCAGGUUAAUGUGUGCCACCGUGUCCAGGCAUUCUCAAGAGAACCAAACAUAUUUACAAAGCAUCUGGGUUGCCGUUGUCCCCUGUGCAGUCGGAUACUGCUAUGUCAAUUGUGGUGCUCCCUACAUUUCACAAUGAUUACUACACAUAAACACCUGCACAGUUCAAGGAGUAUCGAAUGUAGUAGGUAGAGGUGAUUUUAUACUGAAUGAAAAAUACACUCCUGCAGUAUCCGUUGUCCUAUGGCACACUAAGGUAGCUCUCGCUUGUACAGCGACACAUUUUGUAGAGGUAAAGAACAGAGAACAUAAAUAAUAAUUCACUUUCCCCGGUACAUUCCUAUAACCACCCGAAACGUGCAGGGUAACAUACUUGUGUAUACCAAGAUAAGAAGGGAUAUGUGCUGGGAAUGCCUCUUCACAGUAUAUACACCAUUAGCAAACAUCUAGUUAUGAAAUGUAAUUUAAGUCCAGAGAUGACAAAAGGUUAGAAUUCUCCCAUCCAUGUGGGAUAGGACUCUGUUCGUCACAGAGUCUGUGCUGCUGGUCGGGGUGUCAGGAAGCCUAAACCAUUGGGGAGGUGAGUCCAGGGAUGUAUGGGAUUAGGGGAUUGGGGGGAGUGGGCACCAACCACCACAACUACGCCCCAUCACCACGCGGGCACCAGUGACAGGCACACAGCCCCAAUCGCCAUGGUGGACCCGGGUGGUAAACGGGGUAUCCACAUUAAAAAAGUGUGGGCUAUUCUCGGGGUUAGAUUUUGGUGUCAAGGAGGUGUCGAGGCUUGGGGCCUCACACCGGAAUCAAUGCAGUCAGGCAUUUCAGAUGCGCCACCUACGGGGUAGGGGAACAAGUGAUUUUUUUAAAGAUUUUUUUGAAGGAGUGGAGACUGGGUGAAAGUCUAACAGAGAAGGGAAGGGAGUUCCACAAAAAAGGUUCAGCCCUGGAGAAGUCUUGAAGGCAAGCAUCAGAGGUGGGAGUACGGACAGAGGAUAGACAUAGGUCUUCGGCAGAGCGCAGAGGCCUUGACGGGACAUAUUUGUGUGCUAGGGAGGAUAGGUAGGUUGGAGCAGCAUUAUGUAGGGACUUGUAAGCAAGCACCAGAAUCGUGCAAGUCUGCAAAGUUCAUUGUUUACAGUGUCGCAUAAACUCUUUCUAUGAGCUCUCAUGUUGUUGCAUGACUGAACUUACUUGAUGGUGUGCAUAUUUGCUACUUUAAAAAUUAUUUCUUUUAAAAAACAGUCAGUUAGGACACACCAUAUAGAAAUGUAAAUGGCCAGGGGAUGUAUACAUUCCCUCCAUUUUAUCACAUGUUAAGGGGUUGGCUUAUAUCUGCAUCAUUUUUUUUUCAAAUUGUUUCAAUUGUAAUAAAAAGAUGGCAUGGAGAGGCAACGUUUUGAACCAUAACCCGUGUGAAGAGUAAAGUUUAUUAUUUUGCAUGGAAUGUUCCUUUAAAUAAGCUGAAAUAUCUAAUAAUCUUGUGUUGUACUUGUCUAGGAAUUGGCCAAUCAUGCUACUACAAAAAUUGAUAUUGAAGGUGAUCUUGGGAAUACACCCAUGAUGUUGGCAUGUUAUAAGGAUAAUCACAAAGCUCUGUCGAUACUGGUGAGUAAAUAAAAAUGUAUCAGUCCACUUAUAUUAUUUGUUAUUUUAUAGAAUUGAGGAAAGGUUGGAGGGAGACCCAACUACUGUAAUCUUGACAAAUGUUGCAAGCUUUAUUAAGAACAUUCUUCAUAUCAUUUCUCUUUUUAAAGGAUCACUAUAGUGCCAGGAAUAUAUAUGUGUAUUCCUGACAAGGUAGUGUUAAAAACACAUUUUACAUAGUAGGAACCCCCUUGCCCCCGUUAAGAAGGUAUAAACUUACCUUUAUUCCAGAGCUGCACGGGCUUCCUUUCCUGUGAUCAUCAAAAUUGAUCUCAGUAAAUCCAAUGCUUUCCCAUAGGAAAGCAAUCAGAGGUUGUUGCGCAUGUGCUGCAAAAUGCCACACUGCCCCAAUCAGGAUCUUUUCAUAGAGAUGCAUUGAAUCAAUGCAUCUUUAUGAGGAAUGUUCAGUGCCUCUAUGUAGAGUGUGGAGAUGCUGAACGUCAGUGCUGCACAUUGUGCAGAAUUGACCCAAGAAGUACCUCUAGUGGCCUUCUGAGUGACUGUCACUAGAGGUGUUCCUUGGCAGUAAUGUUAAUGCUGCUUUUUCUCAGAAAAGAUAGUAUUUACAUUAAAGAGCCUUCAGGGACUGAAUAUACACACCAGAACAACUACAUUAAGCUGUAGUUGUUCGGUUGAUAUAUCCUUUUAAGAUAUUUAUGAACUGUGCUUUAAAGGAACCUUGUCAGCCACAAGACAUGUGCAGCCAUUUUUUCUCUCUCUCUCUCUCUCUCUCUAUAUCUAUAUAUAUAUAUAUAUAUAUAUAUAUAUAUAUAUAUAUAUAUAUAUAUAUAUAUAUAUAUAUAUAUAUAUAUAUAUAUAGAUAUAUAUAUAUAUAGAGAUAUAUAUAUAUAUAUAUAUAGAUAUAUAUAUAUAUAUAGAUAUAGAGAGAGAGAAAUUGCCUCCAUAUGUCUUUUUAUUAUUCAUAUUAUUAUUUAUAUAGCAUCAGCAUUUUCAGCAGUGCCUUACUGUAAUAGACAGGGAAUAUAAAAAAGGCCCUGCUCAAGCAAGCAAUAAAUUAGGAUUUAAGGUAACCAGAUACAUAUUGUUAGGUGUCAAAAUUUACUGAUGAGGUCAUUUGACGCAAGGACUCAAACUUGGGUUUCCCAGUUCUAAGGAAGUGAUGCUACGACUACUGUAGCCUGACAAUGCAUGUUAAAAGGGACAAUCCAGACCCAUAAAGCACUUUAGCUUCCUGGAAAGCUUUAUGUGUGAAGAGUGUAUCCUAUUUUUUCAUUUUACAAAAAGUGCAGAUUUCAAUCAAUAUUGACACUUUUAUAAAUUAUACUAGUUACACCCCUUUAGCUUUUCAAGCAGACAACAGGUCCGGUUACAUUCUGGUUUGCUUAGCCUAUUUGCACUUAACUCAAGAGGCAGCAAUUGCCCAGAGAACCUAAAUUUCAAAAAAUUCUCAUUUAGCUGCAUUGAGAAGUCUGUGAUUGGUCAGUCACAUAAAGUCUGGGUGGGGUUAAACAAGGAGGGCUUCCAAAGGCAGCAGAUAAGAGAUCUGUAGUUUUUGCAAGCUGUUUUUAGAUAUAACUUAAAUGGAAAAAAUGCUUAAUUAAAUGCAUGCACAUUUUCAUUAAGAGUAUAUUUACUAAAUAGUGAUUUUUAUUUAUUUUAUAUUUGGACAGUGACACUUGGGAAGUAUGACACGUGGCAACCAGUUAUUUUGUUUAUGACAUUCACCAACACUUUCUUGUUAAAUAGUCUUAAGGAACAUUAUACUAAAGAUUAAGUUUAUGACCAACGAACCAGGCGCACGGAUUAAAGAAAACAAAACAUGCACAGAAACGACAUCUUACUCUUUUUAUUUUCUCUUUCUCUCAUAUUCUUCCAGAUUAAACGUGGAGCAAAGAUCUGUAAACAAAACAAACUGGGAUGUUACCCUGUACACUUGACGGCUUGUUCUGGGUCUAUAAAAUGCCUAGAACUCAUUUUAAAAAGAGGUAAUUAUUUCCAGAAUGAAUGUAGUAUUCCUGAUUGGAAAGAAUUAAAAAUUACCAACUCCAAAACUGUUUUUAUAAUGACUUCUGUCAUAAAUUUCUUGAUCAGGUCAAGAGGUUGGAUACACCAUUGAAGGCAUGAUUAAUUUCACAGAUAAUGAGAAAAGUAGUCCUCUUCAUAUUGCUGUUCAAAAUGGAGGCUUGGAAAUGGUGAAAGCUUGCAUCGGAUAUGGUGCCAAAAUUGAUCUCAAACAGGUAGUUGUAAUAAUGCCCACAACACGUUUUACACUUUAUUAUAUACUGUUAAAUUGUUAUAUUCAUGUUUUAAAUAUGCUACACGAUAGAAAGAGUGAUGGUGAUUUUUACGUGCCAAGUUCCUGACCCACCAUUAUAUGUUGUACCAUUUUAGCACAAUUUGACUGUAGGUGAAAGUUUAGGAUAUAUUGACCACCAGUCAGUGUGGUUUAAUAUAAGAACAGUGACUGAGUCAUACCACACAAAAACAAAAAUUUUAGACUUUUUUUCUAAAAUUAGAAUAUGUGUAAAGGAGUCUUAAUCAGACUAGAACAGUUUAAAUGGAGUCCAGGAGAAAUGGGAUUAUUUAAACGUUGCACUACUUAAAUCAACAGAAAAUUCCAUGCAAGAGCAGCACUGUGGUACUCCGCAGAAGUGGCCAAAAUAGUAAAAAACUAAAAGUUAGCAUUUAGUAAUCAUAAAAAAAACCAGAGUGGGGAAGACAGACAGAUCUAUAAGAUUAGGCAGAAAGAGGCUUAGCAAGUUAUAAGCGCCUCCAAAUUGCACACAGAAGAAAGAAUAGCACAGUCAGUAAAAAAGAGGGCAAAACAUUUUUUAGAUACAUAAACGACAAAAGGAAAAGUAAAACAAGGAUUAGUUAGAUUAAAAACAAAAGAAGGUAGGUAUGUAGAAGAGGAUACAUGUCUAGCUGACUGCCUCAAUUAAUAUUUUUGUUCAGUAUUUACAGAUGAAAAUGGAGGAAACUGACCUCAGUUAGGAUAAAGGACAAAUUAGUAAUUUGCUACAUGUGAGUUUACAGAGGAAGAGGUUAUAUUUCAAUUGUCAAAAGUAAAGAAAAAAAAGACGAUGGGGCCUGAUGGUAUAGACCCAAAGUCAGGGUCAAACUGAGAAAAAAAUUUGGCUUGGGCAUUUUUUAAUCACCGUGACCCACUGUCACCAAUGACAAACACGUCCCCUCUGAAAGUGAGCUUGUUGGUUCAAUGCUCUUCCAGGACAGACCAUGCGCAAAGCUCUGCUGAGAAGCACUAGCAUGAGAAAAAGGCCCUGUAUCCAAAAAACCCUGGCCUGGAUCCAUGUCUCCCCAGAAAACCACUAAACUGUGGAGUGGAGCAUUGGCCCACCCUUCUCUCCAAAUGCUCCACCCCAGGGGCCCAUAACUAAACAGUGUUUUGUGUUGUGCAACACACAAACUACACGUACUUCCCCUGGGGUUAAAAGGCCUAUCUGCCUUCACUUUAUCACAAUAUAUAUAUAUAUAUAUAUAUAUAUAUAUAUAUGUGUGUGUGUGUGAGGGGUGGUAUGUGAGAGGUGGUGUGUAUGUGAUGGGUUCCGUGUUAAAGGGGUGCUGUGUGUGUGUUAAAGGGUUGCUGUGUGUGUGUGAGAGGGGUGCUGUGUGUGUGUGAGGUGCUAACCAAUCAUUGUUAACAGGAGUAGUCCCAAAAGAUUGCAAGUUAGAGAAUGUUGUGCCCAUUCACAAGAAAGAUAGUAGGGAGGAGUCGGGCAACUAUAGGCCAGUAAGCCUUACUUUAGUGGUGGGGAAAGUAAUGGAAACCAUGUUAAAGGAUAGUAUUGUUGAACAUCUAAAAUCAUAUGGAUUUCAAGAUCAGAGAUGACAAGCAUGUAUAGGAGUUCUAGUGUGUGUGUGUGUAGUAGAUUGAAUGUAUAUAGGGAUGUAGUGUGUAUUAGGGAUCGACCGAUUAUCGGUCUGGCCGAUAUUAUCGGCCGAUAUUUGGUAUUUUCGGCAAUAUCGGUAUCGGCCAAUUCAGAUACCGAUAUUGCCGAUAAUAUAUAACAGGACCGCCGUGCCCAUUACAAGCCCGGCGGUCCUGUGGGGGCCAGCAGCAAGCGCUGACUUACCUUGCAUGCAGCUCCUACAGCUCCCUAUGUAAAUCUCGCGAGACCCGCGGCCGCAGAGCGUUGCCACGGGUUACCAUGGCAACGCUCCGCGCGGCACUAAGAGCCGUGAGAUUUACACAGGGAGCUGCUGGAGCUGCAUGCAAGGUAAGUCAGCGCUUGCUGCUGCUGAGCCACCACUGUACUUAACAAGCCACUGGACCACCAGGGGAUACUAUAUCCCCCUCCCUGGUAAGAAGCAGGGAGGGGGGACUAAACAAAAAAUAAAAAAAACAUUUCAAUAUUAAAAAAAAUAUUAAAAUAAAAAAUUACACAAAUUACAUCACUACACACACACACACACACACUGCAUUACAUACACACUACACAAACACACACUACACAAACACACACUGGGGGGGGACUAAACAAAAAAAAACCAUUUAAAUAUUAAAAAAAAUAUUAAAAUAAAAAAUUACACAAAUUACAUCACUACACAAACACACACACACUACACAAACACACACUGCACACAUACUGCAUUACAUACACACACACUGCAUUACAUACACACUACACAGACACACACUGCAUUACAUACACACACUACACAGACAGACACACUACACACACACCACAAACACACACUGCACACAUACUGCAUUACAGACACACACACUGCAUUACAUACACACUACACAGACACACACACUGCAUUACAUACACACACUACACAGACAGACACACUACACACAUACUGCAUUACAGACACACACACUGCAUUACAUACACACUACACACACUACACACUACACACACACUACUGCAUUACAUACACACUACACAAACACACUGCAUUACAUACACACACUACAUUACAUACAUACACAUACACACUAAACACACACUGCAUUACAUACACACACAAAAACACACUGCAUUAUACACACACACUACAUAAACACACUGCAUUAUAUACACACUACACACUGCAUUAUAUACACACUACAUUCAUUAUACACACACAUUACACACACACUCUGCAUCCACUUCACACACACACUACACAAACACACACAGUUCCCCUGUCUAAACACACUUCAUCCCCUACAUGUGGCAUGUAUAUUUUGUGCAUUUACCUUUCAAAUUAGUUUAUUUAUUCAAAAUAGUAAAUGUACAGAAUAUCGGCAAGAUAUCGGCUAUCGGCCUGAAAGUUCGCAGAUUAUCGGUAUCGGUAUCGGCUCUAAAAAAUCAAUAUCGGUCGAUCCCUAGUGUGUAUGUGUGUGUGUGUGUAGAUAAUACAGAGUUGGGUAAGGGAUUUAGUGUGUGUCUGGAAUGUAAUGUAUCUAGGGCUGUUGUGUGUUGGGGGGUGCUGUGUGUAUGUUUUAAGGGUGCAAAGUGUGUGUGUGAGGGGUGAUGUGCGUGAGGGGUGGUAUGUGAGAGGUGUUGUGUGAGGGGUGGUGUGUAUGUGAUGGGUGCAGUCUGUGUGUGUGAGAGUGGUGCUGUGUGUGUGGUGCUAACGAAUUUAUUUAACCAAUCAUUGUUAACAGGAGUAGUCCCAAAAUAUUGCAACUUAGAGAAUGUUGUGCCCAUUCACAAGAAAUAUAGUAAGGAUCGGGCAUCUAUAGGCCAGUAAGCCUUACUUCAGUGGUGGGGAAAGUAAUGGAAACCAUGUUAAGGAUAGGAUUGUUGAACAUCUAAAAUCACAUGGAUUUCAAGAUCAGAGACAACAUGGUUUACUUAAGGGAGAUCAUGCCAAACUAAUCUUAUUGAUUUUUUUUUUGAUUGGGUAACUAAAAUAGUAGAUCAGGGUGGUGCAGUAGACAUUGCUUACCUAGAUUUCAGUAUGGCUUUUGACACUGUUUCACAUAGAAGGCUUAUCAAUAAACUGCAAUCUUUAAGUUUGGAUUCCAAUAUUGUUGAAUGGGUAAGGCAGUGGCUGAGUGACAGGCAACAGAGGGUUGUAGUUAAUGGAAUAUAUUCGAAGCUUGGACUUGUCACCAGUGGGGUACCUCAGGGAUCUGUACUUGGACCCAUUCUCUUUAAUAUUUUUAUUAGUGAUAUUGCAGAAGGUCUUGAUGGUAAGGUAUGUCUUUUUGCUGAUGAUACUAAGAUAUGUAACAGGGUUGAUGUUCCAGGAGGGAUAAGCCAAAUGGCAAAGGAUUUAGGUAAACUAGAAAAAUGGUCAGAGCUGUGGCAACUGACAUUUAAUGUGGAUAAGUGCAAGAUAAUGCAUCUUGGGCGUAAAAAUCCAAGAAUAUUUGAUAGAGUCCUAAUCUCAACAUCUGAGGAAAGUGAUUUAGGGGUGAUUAUUUCUGAUGACUUAAAGGUAGGCAGACAAUGUAAUAGAGCAGCAGGAAAUGCUAGCAGAAUGCUUGGUUGUAUAGGGAGAGGUAUUAGCAGUAGAAAGAGGGAAGUGCUCAUAAGAUAAGGCCAGGGACUAAAGAGAGUAUUUGGAAAACUGGGCAGACUAGAUGGGCCGAAUGGUUCUUAUCUGCCGUCACAUUCUAUGUUUCUAUGUUGACAUUUACAUAAGUUCUUUUCUAUGCAAAAUGUUAAUCUUGUACAAUAAUGAAAUUCAUUGAUUGGCUGAGAGUACUCAUCUUAUGACGAACAGACAGGCAGACAGACAGAAUAUAUCUAGGGAGACCAGCAGAUACAGAAAGACUUAGUAGAGUUUAAGUAAAAACAAAAGGUUUAUAUCCUUAUAGGUCUUGAAUUGUAACUCUGGUUUACAUUUUCAGAACGAUAAUGCAACAGCCCUUCAUUUUGCUUCCACACAAGGAGCAACAGAAAUUGUGAAGUUUAUGAUUUCAUCGUACAAAGGUGAUAAAAAUGUUGUUGAUCUACCUGAUGGCAAUAACGAGACACCACUACACAAGUAAGGAGAAGGGCUUUUGAACAUAUAUAACUUAAAGGUCUUUGAAGGAAAGAAAUAAUUUGUCUUGACUUAAACGGAUUCUCUAAGCACCAAAACAACUUUAGGUUAAUGAAGCAGUUUUAGAGUAUAGAUCAUACAUCCGCAGGGUCACUGCCAUUUAGGAAUUAAAGGAAUACUAUAUGUAUCAAAACAACUUUAGCAUAUAGUUAACUGGUUUUGGUGGAUAGAUCAUGCCACUGCAGUGAAUUUAAUCACUUUGUUUACACGUCUAGUCACACCUACUGCAUGUGAUUUACACAGCCUUCCUAAACACUUCCUGUAAAGAGAGAUUUCAUGUUUAAACCUCUGUUGUUGCACAGUCUGUUUAAUUUAGAAUUUCUUAUCUCCUGCUAUUUUAAUAGCCUUCAAGAUCCCACAGAAGCCUCCUGUGUGUGAUUAAAUUUACAGAAAAGGAGAUAUACCGUAUAUACUCGAGUAUAAGCUGACCCGAAUAUAAGCCGAGGCCCCUAAUUUUACCCCCAAAAACUGGGAAAAUGUAUUGACUCGAGUAUAAGACUAGGGUGGGAAAUGCAGCAGCUACUGGUAAAUUUCUAAAUAAAAUUAGAUCCUAAAAAAAUUAUAUUAAUUGAAUAUUUAUUUACAGUGUGUGUAUAUGGUGAGUGCAGUGUGUGUAUGAGUGCAGUGUGUGUAUAUGAGUGCAGUGUGUGUGUGUGUGUGCUAUGCAGUGUGUGUUUGUGUUGCAGAGCCUUGGUGGGGGGUGGGCAUUUUUAUAAAAAAAAAAUAAUAAUUUAAAUUUUUUUUUUGUUAUAUUAUUAUUUUUUUAUUAUUUUUUAUUAUUAUUUUUAUUAUUAUUUUUUUAUUUUUCGUCCCCCCUCCCUGCUUGAUACAUGGCAGGGAGGGGGCUCUCCUUCCCUGGUGGUCCAGUGGCAUUGGCAGUUCAGUGGGGGGAGGAGGGGAGCUGGCAGAGCUGUUAAUUACCUCUCCUGCAGCUCCUGUCAGCUCUCUCCUCCUCCGCGCCGGUUCGUGCAACUCUUCUCUCAGCUCACACUGUAAGUCUCGUGAGAGCCGCACUAUGACCCCGCGGCUCUCGCGAGACUUACACUGGGAGCUGACCGAGGUGCUGACCGGACCGGCAGGGAGGAGGAGGGAGCUGACAGUAGCUGCAGUAGAGGUAAGUAACAGCUCUGCCAGCCCCCAGUCUGUAUUAUGGCAAUGUAAAUUAAUGUAAAUUGCCAUAAUACAGACACUGACUCGAGUAUAAACCGAGUUGGGUUUUUUCAGCACAAAAAAUGUGCUGAAAAACUCGGCUUAUACUCGAGUAUAUACGGUAAUUUUCAGGCAGGCACCGCACAGACAAUAGUGCCUGCCAUUUGGCACCCCAGUUCUCUCCUCUGUUGAACCCAGCACCCCGGUAACAUAGCGACAGGCACCACUACAACAGCAGGUGCCUGUCACUAAGGUAGCCUGGCCACUCAAAAUCUCUCAUCCUUUUUUUUUUUUUUGCUAGAGAAAUUCUACGCCCAACACAGAACCAGAACUACCCCACACACAUACUCUCCAAGACACAGAGAUGCACAUUCAUACACAAGGAUGCUCAGGCACAUACACACUCAGUUAGAAAUGUUCACACACACACACUUUCAGGCACAAUAUGCUAGACACACAGACACAUUAAGCCACCCACACCGUGCAGCUCUCAGCCUCCACACACAGUAGAAACUACACAUUGUGAAUGUAUUUGAGAAUAGAAUCAUAUUUCCCUUUCAAUGUUGGACAUAUUAGCUCUACAAUGCUCCAUUAAUACAAAUGUCAAUAUUUAAUAUUAUUCAACAUUUCUUAUCACAUCACAAAUAAAAAAUGUAAUGUUCUUUGUAGCACAUUAAGCGAAUAAGGCUAAAUAUACGUUAUAAAUUGUGCAAGGCUUUGUCAAAAUAAAUGUCAUUUAAAUUUCCUGUAAAAUAGCACAAAAUUAUGUAAACAGAGACAGAUGUUUGUCAUUAUUUAGUAUACUGCUCCGUGCUAGCAGGAAAAGUGAAUUAGAAGAGGGUUAUUAUUUGAUUUAUAGAGUAGUUAAUAAAUUAAUGAAUUAAUGAAUGCUAUAUUUGUAUAUUUAAUACUUCUGCUCCAUUCUAGUUCAUCUUUCAGGAAUUGUCCGUCAACCAAAAAGCCAACAUAUUAAUUUAUAAAGGAAAUGGACAAAUUAGAUUGACAUUCUUCAGAUUGUGUUCUGUCUGAGUAUGAAGUUAUCUUUCUUUGUAAACAUGUGCUCCCAUACAUCCUAGUAUGUUACAUAUAGUGCAGGAAAACAGGUUCUAGCUUAAUAGAUGGAGCAAUGGGUGGUUGAUGUCUAACAGUUCUACUUCUUCAUAUAACAUAUGUGUACCAUGGUAAUGAAUUUUAAUUUUGUUUCUCAUUAGACAUGUAUUAACUAAUUUUGUAUUAGCUAUUAGUCAACACAACAACUCUGACAGGGCAUUUCCUCAUAUGAAACUUGUCGGGAAUUAAAAGUGAAUUUUAAAUCUGAGGACAAAAUCGCUAUGCUUCUAGUUCAAUUACUAUGACCUUAAAUUUGAAAUCCACUUUGCAUACCCGACAUUUCUUACUUUAGUUAAUAGCCCUGUUAGCAUCUGCAGAUAGUGGUUCCAUUCUCCAAUCCUUCCUUACGCAUCAAUACCUGUACCUCAUGCACUCCCCUCUGCCCACCCCACUAGUGUCAGCGGUUAACAAGGCUGACCAAAAAAACAACAACAUAUAGAACAUAUAACAUUGUAUUAUUAUUAUACAAAAUAUGGGGUUAACAAUGUCUGAUUACAAGUAAUUUUAUACAAAAGAACCCUAUUUGAGUGUGCAUCUGUUUGUCAGGGUGUACAUCUGUGUGUGCGCACACAUCUGUGUAUCAGUAUGUGCAUCUGUGUAUGUGCAUCAGUGUGUCAGGGUGUGCAUUUGUGAGAUUAUCCCCUUACUAUGUUAUCUUUCUGCUUCAUAUUUGCUUUUCAGGUGUAACCCAAUGUUGUCAGGUGGUUUCACUUGAAUGAUGUAGACACAUUAAGCUGUUCUUCAGUAUAUCGCUUCAAUUUACUCGAUGGGUUUUACUUAUUAAACACUGAAUUGUAGGGAACUGAACCCUUAUUUGCAAAUUUUAGACAAAAUGAGCCUGUAAUUUAUAGGAGACUGGUAUUUUAGUCUGUAUUUUGUAAUAUAAACACAAAUAUUUUAAGUGCACAAACCUGCUACAUGUGCCAAUUAUUAAUGUAGUAAUGCUUUGCAUGAAAGACCACGCAGCAUAGAAGUGAACUGUAUAAUUAUGCCAUUUUGAUAUAACAUUCAGAUAAUAAAAACAGGUAACAAUAUUGUAGUUAAACAUUUGUUUAUAGGUUGCCAAUAGCUUGAUGUAUCUUGUAAACAAAGUAAAAGAUUAUAUUUUUUUCUGUUACUUGGCAGGUCUGCAUUGUUUGAUCAUGUUGAACUGGCAGAGUAUCUAUUAUCAAUGGUAAAUAUAAUUUCAAUUAUUUUAUCAGAUAUAUAGUACACGCAGAAUCAUGUUUUAAUAGUAUAUUUUUAGUACAUAUUCUGGUAUGCUAAUAUAAAUGUUAUGUGUGCAUAACAAUUAUAGUUUUAAUUGACCAAAACAACUAUAAGUCCCCAUUACCAGUGCAACUGCUCUUUUCUAAUGUUUUGCCGGUCCCGCCGGGUCGUCCAUCAUAUUGCCGCCUCCUUUGUGCUCCUAAUAUGGCAGGGCAGAGAAUUCCAUGUUCUGCCUUUCUCAUUGCAUGCAUGUCAAAUAACCACACACACAAUUUCUCCAAUGGACUGGUGUUGACUCAACACAGAGUUCCAUUGUCGCACCGCUCACUGAAGAUACGCAAUAUUGAAAGGAGGCUAUGAAGCUUGACUAAACCUCCACCUUUUGUCAACCUUCAGGUUAUACAGGCUAUAAUUUACCCCCAAAAAAGCUUAAUAUCGGGGAAAAAAAAGGCAACUAAGGGAGCGUGGGGUUUGGAACAUACCAAAAAAGUUAAGUGAAUUUAGUUUAUAGCUUCUGCCCCUGCAGUCUCACUGCUCGGUUCUCUGCCAUUCAGGAGUCGGAUCACUUUGCUUAUGUAGCCAAAGCCAACCUACCCUGCCUACACACUUCCUGAAAAAGAAACCACAUUUUGUUAGCUUCCUUUAUUGCACAGUGUGUUUAAUUUUGAAUGUCUUAUCUACUACUCUGUUAAGUGCCUGCUAGAGCCUACAGCAGUCGUGUGUGAUUUAUAAGUUCAGUUAGCAGAGCAGGAGAUAAACACUUUUUUUUAGGAAGCCUAUGAUAUUCUGCUUAUAGUGUCAAUUUAAAUAAAAAUAAAAUCACAGUCAGAACAGUCAAAACAAACAUAAACUUGAAUGGGGCAAUCAAAAAAAAAAAAAAGGAAAAUUAAAAACAACAUUUGUAUACAUUUUAUCCAAUUAGAAAGUUAUGCGCCUGGCUGAGAAGCCAAGAGGAAAUGAGAUUUCAUCAGACUAAGUUUUUAUAUUAUGCAAUCUCAUUACUGAACAAUCUGCAGUCUGGAAAUCAGGGAGAUGUGUGUAGUUAUGGAGGCAGUGGCUCAUAAUGGAAAUAUUUUAUAAUCCACUUGCUUGUUUUCUGUACAUGUGUAAUCCAAGUUUACACUUAAUUUAAUUUGAUUUUAUAAAAUAAAAGCGUGGGAUAUGCCACUAAAUGACAUUUUGAGAAGAAAAUCUUGGAAUAUGUAAAAUGUAAGUUAUUUAAGGGUUACUCCAACCCUUAUGAAUAUAUUUUUUAAAUUGGGCAUUAUUCUUUAUGUCUCACCUUCCCGAACGCUUCAUAAGUAAACCUCGAGUAUGUUUUAACUACCUGAGAUCCAGCGCUGGGUGCCCUCGGCACACACAUGCUAAUUACACUGAAUGUACAGUGUUUCAAGCUGUGUUUCAAAAAGCAGGAGUGCUCAUGGUGGUUUUAAUAACCAUUUAAAAUAUAUCUUGCAGCACACUUGGUGUGAUGGGGAGAUAGUGAUGUCAUCAACACUGAUAGAUACUGAAAAAGGUCUAGUGCAAAAUAUAAAAUGUAAAGGGUGAUGUAAUAUUUAGCAAUCAAUUUAAAUAUUAUAUAAAGUGCUAAUAGCACAAAAAUGAUUGCUAUGUUCUACCAUGUGUAGCAACCAAAAAUAUAAUUUGUGACAUAAAACAUAAAAAAUGCAAUAAUUAGUGUGCAAAAAGUGUUAAAAAAUUAAUUAUUAUAACCACUUCCAUUUUCCAAAUAUACAGUAAAGGGCUUACUCUUUUACUAAAACUUUUGAAAUCAUACCAAACAUUCAAUCAAGCUUUCUGUGAUCACCCUAAAUAAUAACAUAUUCAAACAUAGUGCAGAUUUAAUUGUAACAACAGGAACAUAAAAUAUGACAUAAUAAUCCCAGAAGAGUAUCUCUGUAAUCUACCCUGCUCUGUGUAUUGUAUAGGUAUAUUUCUAUUGUGCCCGCUCUGUGUAGUAUAUCUCUGUUUUAUCUUAGCUCUGUUUGUAGUAUGGUUAUCUCUGUAUUGUAGUCAGCUCUAUGUAUUUUAUAGAUAUCUUAUCCUAUUGUGCCCAGCUUGGUUUAUUGUAUGUUCAUCUUUAUAUUACACUUAGCUCUCUGUAUUGUUUGAGUAUCUAUGUAGGAUAAAUAAGAUAACCCUUUAAGGACACAUGACAGAAAUAAUGUAGGAUAAGUAGGGAGUAUCUAUGUAGGAUAAGUAGGGAGGAUACAAAUCUGGGGAAGAAGUCUGGUACUUCACACUGCCAGUGUUUACUUAGCUAAACCUGAGAGGUUAGGGAAUAACCCCCAGGAUAUUUAUUAGGUGUAUCAAUGUAACAUAUUUUAUUUUUUUCACAAGCCAAAUAUUUCUUGAAGAAUAAGCAAAAACAGUUGCUCAUUUGUUAAUCAUAUAAUUGCUUUUUCUUCAAGGGAUGGGAAGAGAUCGUCUCUGCAAAAUUGUGAAAAUCUAGCUAAUUAACUAUUAGAUUAAUAUGUGCAUAGCUUUCAUACAGUUUCAUCACUGGUAACACCAAUAGUAAAUACGCAGUAUUACACAUGUCACAAUUUGAUCAUUAAAUGUUAAUAGUGUUUCUGAAAAUGAUACCUGUAAAGUUACACAAAGAACUUGUAACGAAAUUCCCUAUUGAACAGACUAUGCGAACCAGCCUGUUCGGUUAUUUAGAUGUGUGUAGAGUGAUUUCGUGCAAAUAGCGAGAAAACGAAUAAACUGCCGAAUCACCCGACCUCCUACUGAGGUCGUGUGGCGCCCAUUAACCACCCAGACUUUGCGGUUAACCACAGACUAAUUGGGGAAUAGCUUGGUGGUCCGCGUUCGUCUACCGAACACGUGGCAGUCGCCAUUUUAGAUUGUCGAGCGCUUAGCGGUAAAUGGCGGCGAUGCCCUGGAACUCUUUUGGGAUACUUAUUCUGCCGAACAACGCUGUUACCUAUCAAGGUCCUCGUUCAUACGGUGGAAAACACAUGAAUGCCAGAGACCCUGCACCAUUCGAGUCUUGGAUGUAUGCGAAAGUGACCGACCCCAGAUAGCUACAGUAUGGAACUCUAUGUCGGAUACAAACACGCGAACGGCCGGUGAAAGUCAAACUUCAGUCGAAGUUUUUGAGAACUGUGUUCGUGGGAUCUGAGCGCUAUUCGCCUAGAAUAUGCACUCAGAUCCAAGCUAUCUGGGGGUAUGUGGGACUUAAAGUUUAUGUUCUGUAAAAUAUAAGUUAUAUAUUUUAAUGAUGUUUGGUGAAUAUAAGAAAAGCUAUGUUUCUUUCUACCUGGAGAUAAUUAAGGCUCUCUUUACUACCUUAAGUUAAUUAUCUCCAGGAUGGAAAGGAGGGAGUGAUCUGUGUAAAAGGGGAGUGUUUAUGUUAUAGCCACUGCGAUUGGCUACUGCAAUUCUUUUGUCCCAGUCUUCCAUCUGGUCCCCUAGGGGAGUGUCCACCAGGUGGGAGACCUGCAUAAAUACCGGGCAGAUAGCCCACAGUAAAUCAGAUCGUUUUACCCCUUCAUGAAGUCUCGACUCAUGUUUGGGGGAUUGGGAGUUAUAAUCACUUCGUUUCAGCUGGAUUUCGGGAGAAGCUGCAAGGAUCAUCGCUGCACGAAUAGAAGGAUCCUUUACAGAACUCAUUAGGCAAUAUCUUACACAUGCCAUGGUUACUACAAACCAUUUUAUUGAAGUCUAAUUAAAUAGGUUAAACAAAACAAUCUAAAUUACAGUGUGUCCUUCCUGUUUCAGCUAGAUUUAUAGUGUGUAGUUUUAUCAUUAACCAAAACUGUCUGUUUAUUCAACAAAAAGCCAAUAACUUGGUACCGAUGGCUAAAAAUAUGACAUUCUGUGUACAUUUGAAACAGUAUAACAUUAUUGUAUUUUCUAUGGACUUAUAAAAACGUCAUUCUUAAAAUGAAAUCCUAUUUCUGCUAUAAAAAGUGUAAUAUUUUACAUCACGUUAUUUAUUUAAUAUAGAAUAAAAAUAAAAAGAUGCAGAGAAACUAUGGGUGGUUACACUUUUAGUGAUUAUUCACUAAAGUGAGAAUAAUUGGGAAUUAAAAAGUGAAUUUGAUAUUUAAGGUCAAAAUGCCGAACUGGAAAAUCCCUCCAAGUCAGCUAUGUUUUCAGUUUGGCCUUAAAUGUGUCACAGUAACCCAUUACUGCCUUACAGAUCUGAAAAAAAAAAAAAAACAGAAAAGAAAAGAAGAAAGCUAAAUUCCACUAUGUUCUAGUGCUGAGGUUUCCGCCUGGCAGCCCUCUGCUAGUAAUGUAAUUCUCCAGCCCUGGAGGGGAAAGUGUCAGGAGGGACAGGUUAGGGGAAGACUUGAGCAGGAUGAAUGUGUGGGCUGUGCCGCUAUUGGAUGUCUGCUGCCAGCGUGUUAUGUGUGCUGGUGACAGGUGCCAACUGAGCACAGAACUAACAUUAGCUAACUUAGAGCUCUUCCAGGCUAGUUGGUCAUACUCUAAUACCCUUGUGGUAGAUGGAGUUACACCUCUGGCAGCUAAAAGCAUUUUCAUUUUACGUGCUGUGUUUCAUAGUGACAAGCUCCACAUUCAGACUCCAGGCACUGUGUGAAAUCAGUGAAGUGGUCAUGGUUCUAGGUAUAAAAUGCUUUAAGUGGUUUAUUGCUGCAAUGUUGGACCCUGGAGGUGCACUUGUGAUUUUUAAUAAAUCUUGAGUAGGUGAGUCUACUGGUCGUUCUGUAUGUAUUUGCUAGUUCUAUGCACCUGCUAAUUUCCCUUUCUCUGUGAAUAUGUACACUUGAAACAUUCACGAUCAACACAUGUAACAGGUAAACAGUUGGAAUAAUGGUCUGUCCUGCCAAAUCGCCUCAUACAGUAAAAUGAAUAGACAGCCUAUUUCAUUGUGUCUGUCUUUUUAAGUUGUGUGUACAUGGCUAUUGUAUUUUCAUCUUGUGUUCAUGCAUCAUGAUUCACAUUGCCACUGUGUCCAUGUGUAACUCAAAGUAUACAGUAUCAAAGAGUACAUUGCGAAAUGAAUAGUCCAUUAGGAACCAUAAGUCUUUCCAUUUACAUGCUAAGGACUGAUUGUUGGAAGCACGUGCCUUGUUUCUUUGUCCUUAUGUUGUGUGCUUAACUCUUUUAUUUACAGGGAGCAAAUAUUGACAGUUUGGAUAAUGAGAUGCGAACACCUCUUGUGUUAGCCACAUCUUGUUCUGCCUGGAAUACUGUAAAUUUUCUUCUUGCAAAAGGUACAGUCUAACAUCCAUCAUUAUAUUCCAGAUUCAAAAAAACAUCUAACUCAAAUAUACCUUUAGUAAAGUGUAACACCGUAUUUCUGGAGUUUUCCUUUUGCAAAAUGUCUCAAAAUGAGAAGUUCUUAUUAUCUAUUCGGACACAUAUUUAAAUAAUUCAUGUGAUCCCCUCUGAUAUCCUAAAUGCACUUCUCAGUAUUAAAUACCGAUGGGACUUUUUAUACUUCUCAUGGAAGCAUAAUUUUACAACUGAAUCUCAUAACAUUUUACUAACAUUAACAUUUUUUUACUCUGUAAUACCGGUGUUUUAAUACCAAAUUAUAUUUAUAUGAAAUGGAUUUUCCUUGUUGUCGUCUGUCCAAAAGUAAACUAAUAAUUUUUUAUGCAAUUAUUUCAAUUUGUAUUUCAAUAGCAAAGAGUUAUUUUGCCCUCAGUUUUGCCAUUCAAUUUCAAUUCAGUUUUGAUUUGCUAUAAUUUUGGUGAAUAAUACGGCAUUUUUUAGAAUUGUUGUGAAAACAUGAAUACAUAUGAAAGCAUUUGAUUUCUUUUAGAUCCCAGCAAAAGUAAGAGCAGUUUAUUUAAAGAGAAUCUAUUGUCCCAAAAAUAAUACUACUUUUUUUUUUGGACUAUAGGUUUCCUGCUAUUACUGUAACCAUCUUUUAAUGCCAUUUAAUGCUAUUUAAAUAUUUUACCUGUUUUCGCGAUCCUUUUUUAUUAUUAUUAUUAUUAUUAUUAUUAUUAUUAUUAUUAUUAUGCAGCAAUCUGUCCGCUUCGUGCAAACUCACACUAACCCCUCUUCCUAUUCUUGUCCAAUCAAAUUUUUUGUAUGGAAAAACAUUGGGGACAAGAAGUAAAAACUCCUCCAAUCAAAUGCUCUCUAGAAGCAUCAAAGGAGGUGGUGUUAGAGAACUGAGUCAGACUCGGUUCUUGCAGUGGAAGUACCUCUAGUGGCUGUCAGGAAGACAGAUACUAUGGGUGUGUUUAGCCCUGCAAUUAAACCAUUGUUGUAUCUAGUAAAUGGCAAUAUUUUACUAUGCAGGACUAAAACUACAGAUUCAUUAUAGUGGUCCUUAAAUGCAAGCUUAUAUAGAUAUUUUAUGACAUGGGGAGCCAUGGUUAGCUAUUGUUUGUUACAACAAUGGAAAUCACAAAUAAAUUAUAUGCAGCAAAUUCACUUUGAUUAAUAUGUGAGGAAGAGCCUGCAAUUGAAUACUUGUUUUAAUCUGCUAAUAAUUAUCUUGAUUACAUUUUAGUUCAUUAUGAAAUAGCUGUAGACUGUGUGGUAAAAACCAACACCAGUGAAAAGGUGGAGCGCUAAGGAGAUGCUUGUGAAUAACUCACCUCCCCCCUCUCUUUUUUGGGUGUAUUUGGGGGUACCUCUAGGUUUUAAUACACCCAAAAAAGAGAGGGGGGAGGUGAGUUAUUCACAAGCAUCUCCUUAGCGCUCUACCUUUUCACUGGUGUUGGUUUUUACCACACAGUCUAUUGCCAUAUUCUGUAUUUUUGUGUCAAUCAGUGGAAGAAUUGCUCAUUGGUGGUAGCAGCUCACAUUAAUUUAUAUAUACAUUUCUCUUCUUAAGCGCCUGAGAACACAAUAUCACUUUACACCAUUAUGAAAUAGCUAUUGUUGAGCACUGUACUGCAAGCUAUACCUACAGUUUUGUAUUAGAAAAUACUUCAGUUUUAUUUUCCUAAAAAGCCACAUGUGAAAUGAGUUUUGUGUGCUUAGAUAAUACCAUUAAAGACAAUAAAAAUUUAAGUAAAUUGGUUCCAAAGGUUCAGUAUGUAGGUUGACUUUAUUGUAAUAAAAUGAUUUCCAAGAGUUUUUUAUCAAUAAUCUAACUCUGUCUUCACAACCUGACUGCCAUUUUAUACAUGCAUCUCCAAUUAAUCAAAAGGCUAUUACUUCAGUAGCUACCAAAGGUCAUACUUUUUAUCAUUGCUGAGAGGUGAAUAAACAUCCUGAAGAUUUCAAUAUAUUCCAGUCUCAUUGACUUCCUAGAACAAAUACAAAUGUUCUUAGAACAAUGAAAUGCCUUUUAAAAAAUGAACAUUAUCAAUUUUCCAGUUCUUGUUGUUUUAACCUCACUGGCCUCCUAAAGCAAAUAAUAUUGAAAUGAUUUGGUAUAUUUUCAAAAAAUGUAUAGUAACCCACCCAACCCCACCCCAGAUAGUUACUAAUACUUUUUUUCAUGUUCUACUGGUGACUAUAUAUUUUUUUUUUGUAUGACAGGCUCACUUUAAGUGUGUAUUUGAACUAUUGUUAAAAUACCCAUGAAAAUAUCUGAUAAACAGUUUAGCAAUAAUGUAACAUCAUAAGAUUGUACUAGCUAUGUCCAUACACAAAACACAUUUUUAAAAAUGGUCGACAUUUGCUUUUAGCUUUAAAAUGGUACUUAAGCAUAGUGAAAUAAGGUUAUGAUUAUGGUUGUUAGAUUUUUUGUAGAAGAAAUUAUUGUAGAUCCACGGAAUGAGGAAACCCAUAAUACCUGCACUUUGAUGCUCUUAUUAGAUAUAGGCCCUUCCUGCCUGUUCAGUAGGCAAUCAAGGCUCAAUUAUAUUUAUAAGUAUUUGUUUAACAUUGGCAAUAUAUAUUUUUUCAUUAUUGCAUAUAUUAUCUCAACGUUCCGUGUUCUGUGUUUUAUUACAUUUUAGGUGCAGAUGUAAAGCUAACUGAUAAUUAUGGCAGAAAUUUUUUGCAUUUAACAAUUUUACAGUCUGGAGGCCUGAAAAAUAUUAAUAGCGACUUUCUCCAGGUAUGUUGUUAAAUACUUUUCGAAUUAUUAGGGGGAUUAUAUGAUUUAUUUUUUUGCCUCGUGUGAGUGUGGUUAAACUAGUCCUUCCCCUUUCCACAUCUCAUUACUUCUCUCUCCUUUUAUAUGCGUAUGCGACCUUGUAUGUAAUAUAGAUAUGUUAUGGUGAUUGGAUGGAUGUCACUGAGUGAUUAUUUGUAACACAAGAUGGGUGCGUGACAGGUGAGUGACUGAUAAGUACCUGUAUUGACUGAGGGAUCAGCAGUAUGUAACUAGUUGAGUUGCUAGUUGGUUGACUUUGUCUGGAGGUAUGUGACUUGGCAUGUGAAAGGACUUAUGACUGGUUGAGUGUAUGGGUGUGUGCCAAUGUCACACAAUGACCUGGAAUGGACUGUCCUUAGGCCUAGCUAAGCAUUUGAGAUAUCUAGUACACAAACAUCUGCAGUGCCCUGUACUCACACUUCCACUACUCUUGGGUGGCAACAAUGGCCAUAGUAUUCAUCAACCCAAAUAUAUAGAACAAAGAAAGAUAUCAUGGCACUAGAAAAAGUGCAGAGACGAGCUACAAAAUUGAUAAAAGGAAUGGAGCAUUUUAGUUAUGCAGAAAGGUUAAAAAAUUUAAGUCUCUUUAGUUUGGAAAAAUGGCGCCUGAGAGGGGAUAUGAUGGACGCAAGUCUCUUUUCAGCUAUGUAACUAUGUAACAAAAAAAAAAAAAACUGCUCGUAUUUUCCAAGUCCUUAUGUACACUUAAGUAAAAGAGGUAUUUAGUACAAUGCUAUAGCUUUCCAGGUGUUUGUAUACCACAUUUCUCAUGAUGUCUUAUCACCCCGUAAAGGUUGGCUUAGCAUUAUGUGAAUUGUAGUUCAUGAACAUUUGCAAAUCCUGAUGUUAACCAUCAGUUAUAGAAACACUCCAAGCAUCAUAACCAUGACAGCACCCUCUAGUAGUUGUUGUUCCUGGAGUGCUCUGGUGUCUUUUAAAGGUAAGCAGUAAAACAGUUUGGCUAAUGGUUUGAUACUUUGCCUUGGUGAAAUCCAGACAUCUCCUGCAUGGUGUUUCCAUGAGCUCUUCUAAGCAAAGACCUGCUUUGGAAGACCAGCUUAUUGGCUGAGAGCAUCAGCUGACUAACACCACCAGCUUAGCGUGCAGGAUGACUGUUUACAUUAGCAGGCCCAGGGCACUCCUGGCACCAUAACCACUAUGAAGUAUCAAUGGCUGUAGCAGUAAUUCAUCCAUAAAAGUUAGGUGCCCUGGUGCUAUGCACCUUGUCCAUCUAUCUUUGCCUACCCCUGAAAACUAUAGUCUUGUUAUAGAUUGAGUAUCUCUUCUUAUUUAAAUUAAUUAAGAGGUUUACUUUUCAUUUUCCCUCAGAUGGAGCAUAUAAAGGCACUAGUAAGUGAUGAAGACUCAGAGGGCUGUACUCCACUUCAUUAUGCAUGCCGACAAGGAGUGCCAACCUCUGUCAACAAUCUACUCGGACUUAACGUGUCUCUUUACUCUAAAAGCAAAAAUAAACAAUCAGCUUUGCAUUUUGCUGCAAGGUAGGUUUCUACAUUGAAUUAAAAAUAAAAUAAAUACAUUUUGAACACAUAUGGAACAAUAAAGAGCAAAGAUUUACUUAAAGGGACAUUAUAGGCACCCAGGCCACUUCAUGUCAUUGAAGUGAUCUAGAGGCCGUGUCCCAGCCCCCUUAUCCUUGCAAUGUAAAAUAUUACAUUGCAUUAAUAUAAUUUAUGUCUCUUGUUUUAUAUUGCAUUAAAUGCAAUGUAAAACUAGAGACGCUUCCUGCUGUUUCAUGGAUUUUAACUCUGUGAAAUGACACUGGACGUCUUGAUGCUUUGCAUUAAGACGUCCAAAUCCCUGUGGGAAAGCAUUGUUUGAACGCUAAAUUAAUGCGUGGCACUCGGCAAUAGGUUCCCCCUAAGUGCUGAUGCUGGAGGAGAUGUAGACAGAGCCAGCGUCGAGGGACCUUGGCCCUAGAAAGAGGGGAGUGUUUAAAGUUUUUUUUACUGUUUGACUGCCGUGUGUAUAUAGGUAUUUAAUAUGAUUUAAUAUGUAUUUGAUUAAUCUGUAGUUUAAGAAAAGGAUACAAUUACUGUCCAAAGUUGCCAUCAAGAUGCUACUGAUCAAUAAUGAGUCAUUUGGCAAAGUGCUAGAUUUGACACAAAGCAGCAAACACAUUUGUUUCAAUGUGGUUUGCUCCACUUUGUAAUUAUGCUUUACUAAAGCUGACUAUAUAUUUUUUUAGUAUGUCACCGUCGGGAGUCUUUACGAACUCAGCAAAGUCCCCACAUGAUGACAGUGCCGCUUUAAAAUCUGUCUAUAGUUAGGUAUUCAACCUAAUAGCUAGCACGGUAUUUAGUAGGUAUUCAACCUAAAUGCUAGCACGGUAUUGAGUAGGUUACUUAAAAACUAGCAGGGAUUCAACUCUGGAUAACUAGUGAAAUCUCUGUACUGAUGUGUAAUUUGGCAAGUGUUCAAGCUCAAGUUUAAAGCUAAAAUGUUUUUUCUUGUCUUUAAAUCCUGUAGAUAAUGAAAUAUUUUCCAAUGCUUAGAGCUGUUAUAGUUUGGUUCUUUAUCAUAAAACCUUGUAAUAAGUUCUGUGCUCCUUUAAUAUACAUCAUUGCUAUGAGAUGAACUUCAUCAUUGCUAAGAGAUGAGUAUAUAAAUGCUUGCUCCAUUAUUAUGUUUUAAUAUUAUAUCUUGAGAAAAUGGGAAUAAAUGGCUUGGUAUGUAUUCUUCAUUAGCAUCCAUAAACAUAUCUUCAGAAUACAUAAACGAAAAUGUUUGUGAAAUGUUGCAGGUCACUAACAAACAAUUGCACAUUUGGCAAGUUAACAUGGCCUGGAGUUUUUCAAAAUAUUAAUUUAACUACCAAGUAGCUUUUUAGAUCCAGAACGUAGAGAUAAAGUAAAAUUAGUAUGUAACCUUAAUCAUCCAAUUGUAAUGAGUUGGUAUUGUUAUCGAUGCAUAUCGAAUGAUCGUGGCUAUAAUUGAUUGUGAGAUCAUAGAAGUAAUUGUAGAUUAUGCUAACGUAGUGUACCUAUAAUCCUAAUUUUAAUAAUGACAGGAGGCAAAUAUUUUGCAUAACUUUCUUUACUGUAAACUCCAGCAGCAGAGGUCAAAGUUCAAAUCAAUCAGGAAAAAAAGAACAUUGCAUUAUAUAAAGCCUUGUAGCCUUGAUUCCUCCUCUUUCUUUGAUGUGAGAGAUAACAGUUCAACAACUAGGAACAAAAACUCAUAAAUCUGAAAAUUAGAACCAAGUCAGAUGACCCUUCCAAUAGAGAGAAGUUGAGGCAGGAGGAACAGCCAAAUUGGACCAGACGCCAAAGGUUUUUACACAGAAAGAACAGAAAGGCAAGAGUAAUGGUAUCUUGUCAACAAAAUCUUAAACAUUUAUCUGGCAACAUCCUAACAUUGGGAGGAAUAUUAAAAUAAUCUUUUAGCUAAGGAACUGAGACAGUAUGAUCCAUAAAUAGCACAACUAUUAUAAAAUUAAUAACCUGUGAAAAAGAUAAGCCAUGAAUCGAGAAAAAUAGGGAGGGAAAAUAUUUGCCUCCUGUAAUUACUAAAAUUAAGAUUAUAGGUACACUACGUUAGCAUAAUCUACAAUUUUACAACAUGACAGGAGGCUUCAUAUUUAGCAUUUUUGACGCUAAAGCAAAACAAAAGAAACAUGAGAAGUAGGAUGAAAGUAAAAGAUCCGUAAAGUAUAAAUAACCAAUUACCCCGAAGCAGUGGCGUACACAUGACCCAUGGGGCCCCGGUGCGAAAAUUGAUCCGUGGCCCCCCGCCCACCCCUGCGCUUACUCGGCGCGGGUUGGGGCCGCAACACAUGGCGGUGGGCACCUGGUCGCAGGGGUUGCAGGGCUGCGACCCCGCGACCGCGGUAUGCACACACACUUAAAGGACCACUACAGACACCCAGAUCACAUCAGCUCAAUGAAGUGGUCUGGGUGCCAGGUCCUCUAGUUUUAACCCUGCAGCUGAAAACAUAGCGCUUCAGAGAAACGGCUAUGUUUCACUGAGGGUUAAUCCAGCCUCUGGUGGCUGUCUCAUUGACAGCUGCUAGAGGAGCUUCCGCGAUUCUCACUGUGAAAAUCACAGUGAGAAGACACUGAACGUCCAUAGGAAAGCAUUGAGUAAUGCUUUCCUAUGGGCGUUUAAAUGGCGCGCCGCUUCUUCUUGCUGUGUGCAUUCGGCUGAGAGGCGGAGGGAUCCCAGCGCCAAGGGAGUCCGACGCUGGAGAAAGGUAAAUGCUGAAGACACACACACACACACACUCUCACGAACAGAUGCAUACACACUAGCUAACAGACACACACAUUUACUGACAGAGACACACUCAGCGACAGACAUACAUACACACUCACUUACAAAACAUACACUUUCACUGACAAACACACACUCACUAACAGACAUCAAACACACUCAGUAACCCACACACACAGUAACACACUCACCAGCAGACACACACCCAAUAACAGACACACUCACUGACACACACACGAACACAAACAAACACACACACUAACACACACACUAACACACACACACACUAACACACACACACACACACACUAACACACACACACACUAACACAUUUUUUUUUAAUAUAAUCCCCCCAGCCUCCUUACCUCUUGGAGUGCUGGGGGGGAUUAUUCCCUGGGGUCCAGUGGGGCUCCUGGGCGGGUUGCCGGUCGGGCAGGCGGGCGCGCGGGAGAGCACUCAGUGCUUCCUCUUCAGCUCCCUCGCGCGCCGCGUAGGGAUGCCAGCGCCGGAAGAUGACGUCAUCUUCCGGCUCCGGUAUCAUUGCCGUGCGCGAGGGAGCUGAAGAGGAAGCGCUGAGUGCUCCCUCGCGCGCCCGCCUGCCCGCCCGGCCACCCGGGGUCAGCAGGGCCAGCCUCAGGGGGUCCCUGGGGUGGCCGGCUCCUGGGCCCCCCAGGGGAAGAGGCUGGCCCUGUGGCUACAUACCGGGUCGCAGGGGCGGCCGGGCCCCCUGGUGGGCCGGGCCCGGUCGCAGCCGCGACCCCUGCGACCCUGGUAUGUACGCCACUGCCCCGAAGCAGUCGAUCGAUAAGUGAGUCCUGACCCACUGCUAAGCCUAUGAUUGGAAGAGGUGCAUUAAAGGGAACAGAGUCCUUCUCCACACACUAGCUAUUCGACUUGUUCCAGGCAGCAAGGUAACUCCUUCUAGUGUAGGGAGCCCAUAAGUCCUAUAAUAGAUUUUUAAUGACUUGUGGUAUGCAGUCAACAUUCCAAUAUCCCAUAAAACCGUCUAGGCCACAAGUUUCAGUCGGUCCUGUAGUACUAGGGGGUGUGGUUUUACUCUGGACUCAGAGAGUAGGAGGGGAAACUUUGAAAGAAGGAGAGGGUGGUUGUAGGACAAUUCCAACAGAUCCGGGAACCUUGCUUGGCUCGGCCACAAUAAGGCAAUCAGUAGCAGAGAAAUCACCUGAACACGCACUAAAUUUAAUACCCUUGAUAUCAUGGAGAAAGGAGGGAAAGGGGUGGCCAUACUGGAAGAAAAGCGCCCACUGUAGUAGGGAACUGACAGUGUGCAGGCUGUGUUCUGCCACACAAACAAAAGGGCCGCCGUGAAUUUCGCAAGGCGCAAGAUCCAAGAUGGCCACCGCGUGCGAGGACCCGUCAGGAACAACCCCUGUGGACCCAAGCGUGCGCCGGGAAAGCGGCGUCUAGUGCCCCAGCAACCCAACUACCCCAGGCCCGGCCUAAAACAUGGAGGGAAAAUUAGCAGGUAAAAAAAACAGGACACAAGUCAGAUCCCCACAGCAGUACAAUGCAGGACAGGGAUACAGAAGGAGACAGACAAAGUCAGUAUAAAAAGGUGUACAGCAGAAAGAGAGCCAGGUAAUUAGAGGGUAGGAUAGAAGCCAGGACACAUAGCACAAAAAAGAAAUUUAAAACACAAGAACACAAUUAAAUAAAUAUAAUCAAUAGGGUACUCAGAGAGAGCAAAUGCUCUGACCUUUUGUAGCCGGAGCAGCAAAGAAAGAGGAAUCAUGCUACAAGGCUUUAUAUAAUGCUAUGUUCUUUUUUCUGAACUUUGAUUGACCCUUGCUGAGUUUACCGUAAAGAAAGUUAUGCAAAAUAUGAAGCUUCCUGUCAUGUGGUAAAAUUGUCAAUACUGAGUUUACUAUUUCCACUGGAAGAUUAUUCCUGGUAUUAAAAUGUACUAAUGGCAAUCAUAUGCAGAAUAAUCAUACCCUGAUACCAAAUGCUGAAACUGACUAAAUCUCCAAGAUUUGGGAACAUGAUGUUUAUCUGUUAUUUAGGAUUCAAGAAUUUAUGCAACUCUAUAAACUGCGCUGAACACUGUUGGAUUGAUAUUGUUAUUACCUUGUUUAAUUAAGAAUUCUUUUAAAUUUGUCCUUCACGUUAUUUUAAAUAGUUAUGGCCGUAUUAACACCUGCCAACGACUUCUGAGGUUUGUGUCAGACGCAAGGCUUCUCAACGACGCUGAAGAAAAGGGCAUGACGCCACUUCAUUUGGCAGCAGAAAGCGGACAUGAAAAGAUAGUUUUCAUGCUUCUGAAAAGAGGUGCCCUGCUUUUAAGGUAAAUGAAAAAACUUGAAUGCUGAUAACAAAUUUAGCACGAGAUAUAUUUGUGUUUGUGCAAUUCAUAUUAUAUCAAAAACUGAUUUUAUAGUGCACAUUAAAACGACACAGUUACUAACUAUUCGAAACCAAGUCCAACUAAGCAGGGGACUGCUGUAGGUUAGUCCUCACGUUCGUUAGUCUGAAAUUAAUUCAGUUUUUGCAAAUUCAGUGACAGAUAACGAACACAAGGAAAGCUGCGAAGAGUCAAUCUACAUUUUGUGUUUUGAUAACUGUACACCAAUUUUCUAUUGUUUAGGGAAAAGAUUGUAUGUUCAACGAACCCAUUUGUUAAAUUUUGAUUUAAAAACAAACUGAACAGAUUUAUAAAUGAUGUACUCAUGAUAUAAGCAAGUUUUUAAAAUGCUAUGUUAUGGACCAUUACAGACAAUUUCUGAAAUAAUUACCAGUUUAACUGCGUUUUCUCUAAUGUCAUAUCAGUUGGUAUUAGGAAGGAAAAUGUGAUGCCUUAUUUUAACUGACUAUAUGAACAGCAGGCCUCAACUGCUAGUGUGUCAAAAUGCAGCAAUUACUGUUCUACAUAGGACUGGAGACAGAGUAGAGUCAUGUUUUGUAAAAUGAUCAAUAAUCAAUGUUAGUUGAUGAUAAUGCUACUUUGUUUGAAUUAUUAAGUGACUACCGUGGAUGGACAGCCCUGCAUUAUGCGGCAGCUGGUGGUUAUACCAGAACUAUGAAAACUGUCUUGGACACCUCCUUUGGACUUAUCGAUAAAGCAGACAAAGAAAAGGUAUACUCUUUCGUACUUCCCUUUAGAUUUAGUACUGUGAGCUUUGGCAGUCAACUUGCUGUGUUUAUGACUUGCUAUGUUAAUGACCAAGUAGCUAGAAAAACUAAAUCUCCACUUCAGAUCCGUGCACCUGCUUUUUAACAAAAAUAUUGCAUAUUGUCACUCAGAUGAGAAACCUAUUUAUAAAAAAAAGUUAGUUUCCCAGGAAAACCUGUUUCAGUAAAUCAAUAUUUUUAUUAAUAAAUAAGUCAGCAAACAAUUAAAGAGAUACCAUAGUAACCAAAUCAGCUUAGCUUAAUGAAGCAACUUUGUUGCAUAGGUCAUGCCCCUGCUGUCUCAUUGCUCAAUUAUAUGCCAUUUAGGAGUUAAAACACUUUGCUAUACAGCCCUUUUUAAACACUUCCUGAAAGGGAAAUUAGAUAUUUUAGAUUCAUUUAUUGCACAGUCUGUUUAAUCUAGAAUGUCUUUUCACCUUCUCUGUGAAUAGCCUUCUUGACUCUGCACGAGCCUCCUGUGUGUGUGAUUAUAGUUACAUUUACAGAGUAGGAGAUAAAAACUUCUAAAACACGUUAACAGAUUGAAAAUGAAACAUUCUUUUUCAUGUAUGUUGUGUCAGUCACAGCUACGUCUGGCGUGGCUAACCACACCUGCCCUAGUUGUGACUGACAGCCUACAUAAACAGAAACAAAAGUAAUUUAAUGCCUCAAUGGCAGAUAACUGGGCAGUAAGACUGCAGGGGCACAUGAUCUAUACACCCAAGCUGCUUCAUUAAGCUAAAGUUGUUUUGAAGGCUUCAGUAUUCCUUUAAAAGAUGUUAGUCUUGACACCUUGUAUUUGGUAUGUGGUGGAUAACCUUCUUGGAAUGUGGUAGAUGAUAGUGAAUAAACACAUUUACUUUACUUUGCCAUGCAUUCAAUUUUUUUUCUUGUUUUAUAGAACACAGCUCUCCAUCUAGCUGCACGGGAGGGUCAUGCUAAAGCUGUAGGACUUCUCCUGGACCGUGGUGCAUCUGUCACAUUGAACAUGAAUGGUGCUUCAUUCAUUCAUGAUGCAAUACGCCAUGGAAGGAAGGAUGUUGUUUAUGCUUCAAUCCAGAGUGAGAGGUAAGAGAUAUGUUUAUGCUGUAACUUGGACUGUAAUAGAAACUGCAGAAUCUCCUCUAGGCUCAAGAUGUAUAAUAGUUUUACAUUAGCUCUGUUAAGUCUUUAUAAAAAAUUCCUUUUUUUAAAAUUUCAACAGGAGCUGCCAAAUUUACAAAUGUUUAAGGCUCUACUAUAGCUCUUUUGUCAUUGUAAUCAGCUGUUUUUUUUGUUUUUUUUACAAAUACACUUUACUUUGCUAAAACCAUCAACGUGUAGCGGAAUGAUAAUUAAAUAGACACUGUAUGCACCAAAACAACUUUAGCUUGAUGAAGCAGUGUUUGUGUUUAGAUCAUUUCCCUGCAGUCUUACUGCUCAAUCCUGUGCCAUUUUGGAAUUAAAUCACUUUGUUUAUACAGCCCUAGCCACACCUCCCUGCAAGUAACAUCCACAGCCUUCUUAAACACUUCCUUUAAAGAGAGAUCUAAAGUUUACAUGUCCUUUAUUGCAAAUUUAGUUUAAUUUAGAAUCUUUUUUUCUCUUGUACUGUUAAUAGCUUGAUAGACCGUGCUGUGAUUAAAGUUCAAUUUACAGAGCAAGAGAUAUACAUAUCUAAAGUAAGUUAAUAUCUGAUUGAAAAUUCUUUUUAGUUUUUUCAUGCAGGCUGUGUGAGUCACAGGUAGCUGAGGUGUUGGUAGGACAGCUUAAACAGAAACAAAAGUGAUUUAAUUCCUAAAUGGCAGAGAAUUGAGCACUGAGACUUCAGGGGCAUGAUUUAUACACAAAAACUGCUUCAUUAAGCUGAAGUUGUUUUGGUGACUUUAAGAACAGUAAAUCUGUUGCAAAGGUUUUCAAGCAUUAUAAAAUAGAGAUAACUACGGUAUUUUAAGCACUAUAGUUGAAUUUUGUAAAUACAAAUAUGAACACGCUAACAAAUAUAUAAAUACAUGCAUACAUUAUAUUUAAUGUUAUUAAAUUAGAGCAAUGCAAUAGGAAAUAAUGUAAUUGAUCUGACUCUGUUACAACAAAAUACAGAAUGGAACUAUUUUAAAUUGUCCUGUAACGCAGAACACUCACCAGCUUUUGAUGGAAUGCAUUCUAACAACAGGUAGAGAGAGGGGCAACGCUAUGCAUUUCUGGGUUUGUUUUUCCAUUUAAAUUACAUUUGUAAGUUAGGUUUUUGUAAAUGAAGCAAGAAGGAGGAAGGAUCGCCAGGAUCCAUGCUCUUUAAUUCCUUACAGAAGUUGGAAGGGAGGAGAUAAAAAUCCAAGUGGGUGUCCUUUGGCAUAUAAUUACUGUAUCACGGUAAGCCAGAUAUGGGUUACUUUAGCACCUACUUUGCUAAUGAAUUCUAAAUUGUAUAAAUGUCUGAGAAAUGUUGCUUACAAAUAUGUAGAUUAGCAGACGAAUGGACUUGCAGAUUCUUCAGUACACUUGCCUUAGUGUGCUCCCCACUCCUUGAAAUUCAGUAACAUAGUGCUGCUUAAAGCAUCUAACCACUACUCUAAAUAAAUUACAGUACAAUAGAUGCCCAAUCACCGACACUAAUUAGAACUAAUUCUUACUAAUCUAAUUUGUCUGACGUCCAGUUCCUUUGGUACAGAUAGCUGGUAAAAUAAAUCUUCCCCUCUCCACCCUUCACAUCUAAAUAUGUGUGGACAUAAGGGUGCACCCUCAACCACUUUAAAGGCAAUUUCUUGAGUGUAAUGCCAUUAAUUAUAUUUAAGGUAAUUUUGUGGUAUAUACUAUUGGUACAAAAUAAUAAAGAGGCUGUUUUGUUUUUUUAAAGUGUGACAAAACAAAUGUAGCAAUAUUUACCAAAUAAUGAAUGCUUAUUCUGUAUGCAGGUGGGAAGAAAUUCUGGCCACAUUUUCGAGUGAGUCUGGCUAUGAAUGUCCUAUUCUUGAAAUGGUGACCUAUCUUCCAGAUAGCUUAAAAGUUAGUAACCUUUUAUACUGCUUUAAUUACAAUGUGAUUAUCUUAACCUUGACAGGUUAGUUACUUUAAUGUAUAGCCAACACACCAUUGUACAAAUUACAAGCAAAGUUGUUGCCACGUGACAACAUUUUGUUUUAAAUGAAUACAUUUUUUGUUCCUAUACUUCUUUGGUUUUAUCUUUUUUGAAAUUCCCAUUCAGUUGCUAUGUUACUUUUCCCACAAUCCACAGAAUGUCAAACUACAGAUAUCAUGGACAUAAGUAAUGGUAGUGCAAGGAAAACCAGAUAACAAAUAUAAAUGAAGGCAAGGUGUUGUGGCCAUGACUUAAUAUGAAUAUUAAUAAUAUUUUAAUUAACAAAAAAAAAGGAAGGAAAAGGGGGGGCGCUAAUAAACAAGUGUACUAUUAAGAAUAGUGUAACAUGCAGCAAAGUCACCUAAGUGUACAGUCACUUAUUUACACUUACAUACAGAAAUUACACAACGAAGAAAAGGUGAUUGCGCACUUGUAUUGGAUGAGAUUCUUGGGUUAUGAAAAUAAACCCUAGGUUCUGUAAAUACAGAAAGCCAACAUAGGGUAAUAAAUUUAAACACCAAAUAUUGAGGUCAACAUAGGGUAAUACAUUUACACAAAACAUAAAAUAAGUGCGCUAUUUAUUUGUGAAAUAUAAAUUCAACUCACUAUACAAAAAGAGUGAGAUAGUGUACACAAUUUUUUGUGCAAAUUUUCAUUUUCAUUUUUUUUAUGUACAUUAUCUGGAGAUUGAGAGUCAUUUCCAGUAUAUGAUUUUAAGUAAGUGUACCACUUUUUUAAUACACUAAGUCACUUUUUGGUAUUAAGAAUCUUUAUAUAAUACACAGUCAAAGAGUAUUAUGAGUGUUUAAAUACAGCACUUGUAUAUUUGCACAAAAAAUUGUGCACACUAUCUCACUCUUUUUGUAUAGUGAGUUGAAUUUAUAUUUCACAAAUAAAUAGCGCACUUAUUUUAUGUUUUGAUUCUAUUGUUGGGUGUUAGGAGCUGAUACACUUUAUAGGUGCUGCUUUUAAAAUAAGGUCACUAUCACUACUAUAAGCACCUUUUUUCACUUGUUAUAUUAUAGUUCUGUAAUACAUUUAAACACCAAAUAUUGAGACCUGUGAUAUUGGGUCACCUGAGGAAGACCUGUGAUAUUGGGUCGAAACGCAUUGUGCUUUUUAUGCUCUUAUUUUUAUUUUGUUUAAAUAAAAGUAUUUAUUUCAUACCCAUCUGCCUGCCUGGUUCCUGAUCCACCUAACAGAGGACUAUGAAUACCUUCUGGGGGGACCAAGCACCGGUAUACCCACAUCUGGUUGAUGUAUCCUGCCUUUAUAGUUUAGAGCAAACUAAGAAAUGCUCUAAAUAUUGUGAGUUUUCCAAAUUACUUAUUCUUAAUAUUUGGUGUUUAAAUGUAUUGCCUAUGUUGGCUUUCUGUAUUUACAGAACCUAAGGUUUAUUUUCAUAACCCAAGAAUCUCAUCCAAUACAAGUGAGCAAUCACCUUUUCUUAGUUGAAUAUUUUAAUUAAUAUAUAAUUAUUAAGCAAUAAGUAACAACACUAAUAUUUUUUUAUAGUUCGUGGUAUUAUGGUUGAAUAUGGGGAUAAAAAAUACGCAAAACAUUGUAAUAUUAAAUGUAUAUUUAAUAUAAUUAUAAUAAUAAGUAACAGAUGCUAGCAAAAUGUAAAUUUACUAAAAUAAUUGUACAAUACAAAACUACAACCUAUUACUUACAAAAGACUAUAACAGUUGCUAAAUGUUACAGUGGAAUCACAUGGUACAAUGCAAAAUGUGAACAAACUUACACAGGCUAAACAGUCAGCUGCUACAGUCUUAGUCAGUCAAGGGGAGAGCAAAAAAGAGACUGAAUCCUUCCUACAUCUGGUUUUUAUUCAGUGUAUUCUUAAAGGACCACUAUAGUGCCAGGAAAACAUAUUCAUUUUCCUGGCACUAUAGUGCCCUGAGGGUGCCCCCACCCUCAGGGACCCCCUCCCGCCCCGGCUCUGGAAAGGGGAAAAGGGUUAAAACUUACCUUUUUCCAGCGCUGGGCGGGGAGCUCUCCUCCUCCUCUCCUCCUCCGAUCCGCGGCAAGAGCUGCGCGUGCAUUCAGCCGAUCGCAUAGGAAAGCAUUCAUAAUGCUUUCCUAUGGACGCUUGCGUGCUCUCACUGUGAUUUUCACAGUGAGAAGCACGCAAGCGCCUCUAGCGGCUGUCAAUGAGACAGCCGCUAGAGGCUUUGGGGGAAGGCUUAAUCCAUUGAUAGACAUAGCAGUUUCUCUGAAACUGCUAUGUUUAUAAAACAAUAGGUUAACCCUAGCUGGACCUGGCACCCAGACCACUUCAUUAAGCUGAAGUGGUCUGGGUGCCUAGAGUGGUCCUUUAAGUAGACAGGCCUGUGAUGUCACUACCAGAAGCACAUGGCUUAAGGAUUCCUACACACUGCGUCUAGUGGUGCUUCUAAAACAUUAUGCUUUAUUUUAUGACGUAAAUCAUUAUAAUAAUACCAUUACACAAGGGGUAUAAUCAUUCAGAUAGAAAGGUUAUCUGUAAAUGUAAAUUGAAAGACAAUGAAACGUGACAGUCUUGUUUUAAGUAUUGUAAACACUCCUCUAUAAUUAAAUAAAUAUUUGAAUUUAUUCUUUUUUAGCAGCUUUUUACUGUUCUGAAAUUUUAAAUCAAAAUGCUUUUAUCAUUAAAAGUGUUAUCAUUAUUAUUUAUUAAUUACUAUUAUUAUUUUUACUUUUGUUUUCAAGUAUCUUCUGGACAGAUGCAUGAGUGAGACAAACACAGACAAGAAAAGCUACGAUUUUUGUGUGAGUUGCCAAAAAAAUAAAAUGAAUGCAUUCCAAUCACAAAACCCAAACGAUUGCAUUUGUCCACAAUGCUUCCAAAGGCAGCUAAAGACACACAUAUGCACAGUCACAUGCAAACAUGCACACAGACUUCAAUGUGAAUCUUAGAGUUGCGUAAUCAACCAUUUGUUUUUUUAUAAAUUUAAAACCACAAUACAAAUAAAUGAUUUUCUUCUAAGAAUCCUAUAGAAGUUUAGCUGGAACUACCAUAAUAAAUAAAUAGGACACGUGAAAUCAUUCUUUGUACCCAAAAUGUUUAGCAUGCUGUGGAUGUUUUCCUUUGACAGGCAUCUUCAUAGAAUUUCAAAAGCAAAAUGCAUAAAAAUCCUUUGGGCAGGAGUUUAGGUUCAACACUCAUAGACAGCUUCAUUUAAAGGGUUACCGGCAUGACCGCUUCUGCUUUUUGAAGUGGUCAUGGUGGUAGGAGUCUGGAUGUGCAGUGUUUUUUGUUCAAAACACUGCACAUCCUGGAAUUAUUUGCACUUGUGUGCUGAGGUCUAGUUGCACCACAAGCACAUGUGACAUUUCCAGCCUAGAACUCUUUUCCGGGCUGUAUAAUGUCAAUUCUGUGCAUAAAAUACAUCUGUCAUUAGAGAAGAACCUCUUGUCCCCCUUUCCUUUAAAGCCCCCCAGCGCUGGAUUACUCAGGGGGUUCUAAUUGAAUAAUGUCAAAUAGGGCGUUAUUCCAUUAUAAAUUAAAAAGGGUUGGAGAAACCUUUUAACUCUGUAAAGCCUGGCCAAUGAGUUUGCAUCUCUUUAAGUUAUUUAUGUUUUUAAAAUAAUUUACAAAUAUGAUAUGUUUGUAUCAUAUUUCAUACACCAGGAGUUUAUGAGUUUCUCUUCACCACAAAUAAUUUGUUGUUUAAACAUACAUUUGUAACUUUUGUUAUAAAAGGAACCUUUGAACAACUUACACAUUAUUAUUUAUUUUGCAUGGUGGUAUUUCUGUCCUUAGAUAAAAUGUACUUUUUAUUUACAGGUUAUAAAAACUGAGGUAUUUUGGUAUUGAAAAUUACUCCAGAAACAAUUAGCAAAUGACCCAAUACAAUCGAUAUUUGACUGACUAUUAUAACAAAGCAGGUUGAAUUAGAAAGAAAAAACUUAAAGGUUUCAACACAAAAUAUGCAUAUUGCCUCAUAAAAUCCAAUGCAAUGAUUACUGAGAGAUUUACAAAUAGUUUCUCUUACAUACCGGCUGUAUCAUAUGUGAUGCACACAAUUUCAACACAGUUUUAUUAUAUAUUUUAGUAGGAACUUUUAAAAAAUUAUAACUUUUCCAAAUUCAGUGAAAUAUUGAAAUAUUACUAACAAAAAAUGUUAUUCUUACUGCAAGUUUUUCAAACUUGGCAAACACUUUUCCCUGAAUACACAUGACUGCUACUUCAGGAAAAAUGUCCAUUUGGACUGUGUAUUUAAUUCUAUUAUGCAUCAAUAAUCCACUAGAGGGCAAAAGACAUGAAUCAGAUAUGUGUGCAACAGAUUUCUCUGGAGAACAUUGAUUGUAUGAUUACAGUAGAGGUCUAAUAACCUCAUAUAUGAACCAAAUUACAUAGAUGGCUAAACUAUCUACCUAAUGAAAAUAUUUUAAAGCCUUAUUUUAGAGCUAAACAGAAACAUCUCAAUACAACUAGUGUAUUUUAUGUCAACCCACAAAUAUGAUGGAAAGUAUAAUUUUGUAGUAUUUGUACAUUAUCUCACAUGGAUGAAAUGUUCUAUUCUAGGGAAUAGUACAUAUUGGGAAUUUCGUGUUACAGUUGUACAAAUUAUAAUGCUAUCUCUUAUUUGUUUUUCCACUAUUUUAGGUUGAAUAUAAUUUCAAAUACCUGCAGUGUCCACUCAGCUUUAGAAAAGCACAAAAGACAGAUACAAAAGUACAAUACGAGCCUUUAACUACAUUAAAUGUAAGAUACAUUUGAUUUGUGGCGUCUUGUAUGCAGUAUAAUUUUAAGGACUUUUGUUUAUGCAUUUUAGAUCAUAAAAACUUUUUAACUUAAUAACUCGCUUGCAUUUCAAAGAAAACAAGUAAUUGAAAGCUUGAGGGCAGGAUUCUAAAAAUGGCGUUAUUCGUAUUAAUAAUCUCUACAUUUGUUGGUUCUCUUUAAAAAAUCUAAAUAAUGUUUAUAUAGACAUUAUAUACAUAUAUAUAUAUAUAUAUAUAUAUAUAUAUAUAUAUAUAUAUAUAUAUAUAUAUAUAUAUAUAUAUAUAUAUAUAUAUAUAUAAACAUAAUUAUGUAAGACAUAAUUAGGUUACAUGAACUGGCUUCAGUUUGUUUCAGAAUGAGAGUUCUAAGCCAAUAAUGGCCACAAUUUAAUGUUUUUGAAAAAGGUUGUUAGAAACGCAUUAUCUCUUCAUCUCAAAACAAUUUAGCAUUUUAGUAUUUUUAAACGAUUUAAAGGAUAAUUGUUUUAAUAUCAUAAUAUUAUCUUUAUCUUAUAUCGUCUCCUAUUUUUUUUAAUGUUUGAAGGAAUUACUUGUCUACUUUUCCCACUCCCCCUUUCUGACAGUAAGGAGGAAGCCUUUAAUAUUAUUUAAAUGAAUAAUAUAUCUACAUCUUAAUGUAAACUGUUGUAAGCCAAUAAUAGAUUAAGUAUAAUAAAUAAUACAAUGCCCCUUGCUGACAUCAACUCUCAAUUAAUUCUUAAUACAAUUUGUAUUCUGAUUUGGUGUAAGUCGUGGGUUAGAUUGAAAUAUCUUGGGGAGGUUUGUCCCUUUUCAAUUGCUAUGUUUAAAUAUACUGUAGACUUUCUAAUUCCGUACUCACUAAUGUUAUACAUUUCUCAAACAUUAAAACGUUACUGGCUGGGAAGAACAUUUAUCUACUGUUUGUAAAAAAAUUUAUUUUUCAUUUUUAAAAAAAAUGUUUGCCAAAAAAUUCAAAAUUUAGCAUGUUGCUGUGUUCUAAAAGCAUGAGUCCAUGGGUACAGGGAUUUGCUAAGUUAAAUAUUUCCAUAACAGGGUGAAUAACUCUGUCCAACUGCUUUUGUUGGGCUGCAGUUUCCGUAAUUCUCCUUCAGAUGGAUAAUAGGAAAUGUAGUCAACAUUAGCUGGAGGACACAUGCUGGACAACCUGUUGAAUUACUGUGUUGUGUAAAUAUCGUAUUUCAAACUAUUGCAUUGCUUGCUGUUCAAUUUCCCUUAUGUUAAUUGCUUCCUUUCUAUUUGUACAGGCCAUGGUGGAGCAUAACAGAGUUGAGCUUCUUUCUCAUCCAGUUUGUAAAGAGUAUUUGCUCAUGAAAUGGUAUGUAAUCUUCAGCAACCGUCAUAUCUCUUGGCCAAAGCAGUGUCACAGCUGGAAAUACACACCGCAGUUAGCUGUAGCAAGUAGCGCUUAGACUAUAUAUGAAGCAGUGGAGAAAUGGAUAUGUUUAACCCCUUAAGGACCAAACUUUUGGAUUAAAAGGGAAUCAUGAGAUGUCAUGUGUCCUUAAGGGGUUAAAGGACCACUAUAGUGCCAGGAAAACAAACUCGUUUUCCUGGCACUAUGUACUCCUUAGGUCCCACCCUCAUGGCCCCGCUCCCGCUGGGCUGAAGGGGUUAAAACCCCUACAGCCACUUACCUUUAUCCAGCGCUGGGCUCCUUUGGCGCUGUUGAACUCUCCUCCUCCUGUCAACGACAGCACCAAAUGCGCAUGAGCGGCAAGAACCGCAGGUGCAUUCAAACCGCCCAUUGGAAAGCAUUACUCAAUGCUUUCCUAUGGACGUCAGUGUCUUCUCCCUUUUUUUUUUCACAGUGAGAAUCGCGGAAGCGGCCUCUAGUGGCUGUCAGUGAGGCCGGAUUAACCCUCAGUGUAAACAUAGCAGUUUCUCUGAAACUGCUAUGUUUUCAGCUGCAGGGUUAAAACUAGAGGGACCUGGCAACCAGACCACUUCAUUGAGCAGAAGUGGUCUGGGUGCCUAUAGUGGUCCUUUAAAGGGACACUCCAGGCAUCAUGAAAAAUACAUGCAUAUUAGAUUUAUACAAUAGAAAACAUAUCCUAGCUCCACUCUCCAUUCUCUUGUUUCUAUAUUUUCAAUAUGAAAUAAGAGAACCUCUAACCAGCAACCUGGCUAGCUAAGAUUAUCAAACAAGACCCUGCUGUCCUAUUGUAUUGCAGCCAUUAAUUAUAUUUCAUUGAUUGAGAAAAUCAAGUGGAUAAUGCUUUAAACUACUGGGAACACUGUGUUUGGAAUACACUGGGAUUUAUUUCUGUAACACGAAAAUACAAUCUACAUUCAAAUGUUAGUAUAAGUACACAAACAAGGACUAUGAAGUGAGAAGCUUCUUGUCUCAAGAGAAUGGUAGGAUUUUUUGACAUUCUGUCAUGAAAUUCUGUCACUUUCAUAUAUGCAUCUUAGAUAAUAAAAACUAUGUAAUUUCUUUAAAAUAAAUGAUUUACUGUCAGUUUAUAUCUAAGUAGUGCUUGUUUUAUUUUAGGAUGGCAUAUGGAUUCAAGGCACACCUCUUAAACCUAUCAAUUUAUUCAUUGGGAUUAAUCCCUUUAACUCUUUUGAUACUAAACACCCAGCGGCCACAACCUCUCAAUGGUACCGAUACUGUACUAAAACCCUUGGAAUUAAAGGUAAUAUAACACAUAAACACAAUAUAUUGGCAUUUUAACUUUAUGUUAACUAAAAUCCAAAAGAAAGCUCAUGUAGACUUUUUAGAGAUACAAAAAUACAAUCCAUCUUAAAAAGGCCUUAAUUUAUUUUUUUUGGAUAAGCUAUUAAUAUUCAUAUAUUAUUUUACAAUUUGGAUACAUUUAAAAAAAAAUUUUUUUAAUACUAAACUUUCAAAAAUUAAAUCAUAUAUCAAAAUGUCAAUUAUUAAAAAAAAUGAUCAAUAUAAAAGGUAAAAUAUUUUUCAUAAAAUUAUCAAGUCAUAAAAAUGUAUCCAAAAAUAUUAAACCAUUUCCAAAAAUGUUAAAUUAAGGCCUAGGUUAGGAUUCCCAAAAGCAAUACUGAUCAAAAUAAUGGAAUUUAACAUUUGUAACUCGAGACACAAGUGAUAUGGAAAGGUAAAUGCGAUUUUGUAAAUAGCAGAUGAUGAUUCUGAGAGUGAUGAUGAUUGUGGGCAAUUGUCAAGAUAAGACAGUCAGGGUAGAGGUUAAGUAAACAGAAUAUAAUCAGAGAUCCAUGUAUAAUUAAACAUCAUAUAAUAAGCCCAGUUAAAGUUUUUAAAGGCAUAAAGAUGUCAGCAGACCUGUAUACAUGUAGAUUAUAGCUGGUGGAUAUUAGUGAAGGCUAUCUGAAAUUUUGGAAAUGUGAUAAAAAAACUGAGUCUCCAUGCAGUUCUGUGAUAAAUGAAGUAAAAAACAAAUAUGUAAAAAAAGAAAAAAGAAGAACUCACCCCUGCCUUUAGUAUAUGACCGUAUCCUUCAGCCAUAUCCAUGCACCUUGUUUGCAAACCGACAUUUCAGCUGUAUCGUCUACUCCUUGCAAAAGUGUAAUUAAAUCAUCAGACUGACUAACUGUCCAAUUCAAACACUGUCUGACCCAAGGUGUAUGUAUGUGGCAGAAAGAUCAUUUUGCAUGCUAAAAGUAGGAUUGAGAUUUUUUGUCAUUUUUGUCACAUACACUAGUGUUUGGUGUGACAGCGCUCCUUUAAGCUUUGCAUAGUAAUCAGACUUUGUAAAAUUGUGUCCGGUUGGGGUAAAGUAAUUAUUUUCUUUCUGUUUUUUUAAUAAAUGUUGCAUUAAAACCUUGCUAAAGCUACAUCUGAUGUUCAUCCUUAGUUGUAGCUUCAGUAAUGUUUUCCCAAUGUGGCAUCCUCUAUGGUGUGCCGUGCAUUGUAUCAUAUAUACCAUUAUAGUAGACCCUUUAUGUUGUGUGAUUUGUUAUUGUGCCAGGCUGUUCUCUUGUUACAUAUUAGCCCAUGGCCCUUAAAGGAACAUUCCAAGCACUAUAACAAUGCCAUGGAAACUCCCCAAUUUAAGUAGUCAAACCAUGUGCUAGGGCACGAACCAGUGGUUAUGGUGCUUGGAGUGUUGAUUUAAGGGGUUGAGUUGAUGUCACAUUUAAAGUCAGUCAAUCCUUAACGGUUAAGGGAUUUUGAAUUAAAGGUAAUGUAUAUAGAAUAUCCUUCUCUUUAAUCCUUCGUCCAUGACCUAUCUAUGGGUUAUUGACAAAUUAAAUAGCCCUUUACAUGUGGAUAUAUAAGUAAUAUCUAGAUUCUUUUUUAUAGGAUACUAAUUUCACAAAAGUUUGCAUGGGCAUCGUCUUUAUCAUGAGUAUAUUUGGAAUAAUAAAAGAACUAGUACAGAUUGUUCAACAGGUAAGAUGACUUUGAUUUCGUUAUAAGACCUACUGACUGCAUAAUCACUGGUAACAGAGCCCCCUAUUUUUAAAGUGAUACAUAUAAUUUCUCCUAAUACAAUAUAUGAACCUUUCAUUUUGUGCAUGUUUGAGCCCAGUCACAUUUCAUCUCUUAACCUCAUGUAAUCAGAGUGCUCACUAAUUGUUCUACUUGUCCAUGUAAACCUCUGUAGUCACCAGUCCAAAAUAAAAUCAUCAGCUGUUGAUUAAAGGGAUACUGUACUGCCAGGAAUACAAAGCUGUAUUCCUGGCACUACCAAUCCCUCUGUCUCCUCCCUCCCUCGAGCCCCCCUUCCCCAGUAAAUAAAGAGUUAAAAACCCUUUAUUUAGUUACCUUAUCCCAGCGCCGAUGUCCCUCUGCGCCGGGUCGAAGCUUCGUCCCCUCCUCCGUCCCACGUGAGCGAGGUCUAAAGCGCAUGCGCGGCAAAUGCUGCGCGUGCAUUAGACCUCCCCUUUGGAAAGAAUUGAAUCAAUGCUUUUCCUAUGGGGAAAAUCUGACGCUGGAAGUCCUCAUGCAGAGUGUGAGGACGUCCAGUGUCAGAUAACAAACCGAAAGUCUAUAUACGAUAUAUAAAAAAUAGAAACCUCCAAUAGUGUAGUAAGUACUAUUACAGUCAGAUAGAUGCAAACAUAUUGUACUUAUGUAUGUAAAGCUUAGGUGGUAUAAUCCCCACCUAAGGAUGUUGGAGAUACCAGGAAGGAGGUAAGUAAGUAAGAAGGUAAAUAUAUGAAAAGUUCAAAAGAGUUAACUCUGUGUUUCCAUGUAAAGAGUUAUUUACAAAGCUAUAUUCUGGGGCAAAGUUCUAAAGGUUACCAUGGAAAUCAAUACAAUGUUCUCUAUUGGAACUGACACAUUGAAAGUAAUGCAAUUAAUAAAUAGUAUGCAUGAUUUGAUACAUACAGAGCAGGAAUAUAAAGAGACAAUCAAGGUAAAAUUAUUUUGAUGAAAACAUUUUUUUUUCAUGGUACUGUUGACCAUUCCCUUCUUUCUCAUGGAACUUUUGCUUGCCCAACAGUCUUCAAGACUAUAGAUGUGAAUACGAUCCAGCACUGUGUCCACCAUAGUGGAACACCUGUUAGAAUUUCAUUGGGAUUGUGCAAUGACCACUGUGACCUUAUUCAACCAGAGACUUCUGAUUUUUUAAUACAUAACAUGACUGUCUGUUCUGGAUAUCUGUAUGCAAUGCUUCCAUUAUAUGCUAUGCAAUACAAACACUAAUAUUAUACUUUUUCUCCUGUAAUUCCAGAAAGCCAAGUACCUAAUGGACAGCAGUAAUAUCAUUGACUGGGCAAUUCAUGUUUCAAGUAUUAUUUUUGUAUCUUCUUUGUGUAAGCCACAUCUUUCCUUGGAUUUUUUCCAUUGGCAAUUUGGUGCAAUUGCAGUAUUUGCAUCGUGGGUUAAUUUUUUGAUUUAUCUUCAAAGGUAAGGUGUUAAUUUUUAACCGGAUAUCUAAUGUAUAAAACAUUGCAUACAGGAGGGUUAUUUAAAUGGUUCCCAGAUGUUUUUCCUGAAUAUAUAUGCCUCUUCAUGCUUUUGAGCAACCCAUGAAAACAUGUACCCUGUAAUAUAAAGCAUUGCAAUGCCAUAGAAGAAGGUGUCACACAUAAAAAGCAUGAAUUACCUAAAAAGAGAAUUGAAGUGUAUGGAAAACAGAACUGCUAAUUAUAGGCUGGAAUAACUGAUUUGGAAAAAUAAUAUAAACUUUCAUUACUUAUUACUAGUGUGGUAGAUAUUUGUUAGAUCAAAUGUGACCAGCCAUAUGUUUGUUAGAAAAUUGAAAACUUCCUUUAAGGAGAGUUUUAAUUCCUCUCAUGCAGAACCCAAUUAGCAGCAAAAGGUGGUCCUGGUUCAAACAGGAGCUUUGACUCUGUCUCUGGGGGGGCCUCCAAAAGCUGUCAGGGAGAAUAAAAAGUCUCCUUUCUCAACUAGCCUCCACUUCAGCACCUCAAAGGAACUUUAUGGUCAGCAAUUCUAUUGGUUGCAGAUCACUUUAAGAGCUCCCUCUCCGUACUGGCGCUUUACACUUCGUGUGAAGUCUUGAAUCUCUACAUAGCCAUGUUGCAACUCUCCCUGUUUGGAGUAAUUAUUGAGGCUCAGCUGGCAGUGGACACAGCACGCAAUGGAGAUAUUGAAACAUGAUAGACUAUCAUUUACCCAGUAUGUCUAUCUACAUUGUGCUACAUUGUAACUCAGGCCUUCUCAUCAUCUGAAACUAACUCACCAGAACAACUACAAAUACGCUUAUUGUGUUUGUACUGGUAAGUAUAAUCAGUCUCUCUAGGUUUUUUUGCUGUUAACACUGUUUCUUUUUUGAAAGAAAAGGCAGUGUUUUUUUUUGUAAAUUUAUUUUUUAUUGGAGUGUUUCGAGUAUUCAUGCAUGUCAAGUAUAUAUUUAGCAUAUCUCACGUCGCGCAGGAUCGUGAGCCCAAAUGCAUAUUGGUGAGAGUCGCCUUUGUUGCAGGAGUGAGACAUGACAACACAUACAAUAAUGGUGGUUCGCAUAUUUACCCUCUGGGCAAUAGCAGUAGGAGGUGUAUGUGAUUAACUCGGCACUCUGCAUUUCUUACGAACUGGGGAGGGUACGGGGAGUGCGUAUCCAGGGAUAAUCAACUUUGAAGUGAGAUAAUAAUGGUACCCUAAAGAUAGGGAGUGGAAGGGGGGGGAAACAAAAUAAGGUGGGGGGGUAUCUGCCUUUGGGUUUAGUGUGCCGUGGGCAAGCUCUGUUGAGGUUUAGUGUGCCCAACAAUGCUCCAUUGAGGUUGGGGUAUCGAGAUUCACAGUGUACAGGGCGUGUUAAGUGGCCACCGUGGUGGCUGAGUCCCACAUAUCCCAGGCUUCUUGCCAAAACAUGUUACCCACUUGUGUUCUCCUUAUCGCCCUUUCGAAUUUGCCUGUUUGCGUGACAUGUUCCGACAGCGCCGGAGUAGAGGUAGAUAGCCACCUUCAUGCUAGUAGCGUGAGUGCGGUUACCAGUAUGUGGAAGAUCAGAUAUGAAGUGUGUCUGACUUUUAUAUCUGGUAGUAUUAAUAGGAGGCAGCACUCUGGGGAGUUCGGCAGUUUCGUUCCGGUACAUGUUUCUAUUAAUGAGAGAGUUUGUGCCCAGUAAUGAGUUAAGCUAGGGCAGCGCCACCAAAUGUGCAACAUGGAGCCCCACUCAGCCUUGCAUCUCCAGCAAGUGUCAGAGUAAGUGGGAGAGAUUUUUGCGAGCCUCAUUGUCACCAUAUACCACCGGUACAUAAUUUUUCUUAAGAUUUCACUAAGGGCUGCGUUCAAUGUGUUGCCUUUAUGGGCUAGGAAUUCUCUGAACCACUGGGCAUCUGUUAUUUUGUGACAUAUCAAUCGGGAGAGUGUUUGUGUGCUAUGUCGGCUGUGUGGGGACACCCUCCAUUCAAGCUUUGCUAACCAGCUUUGUAGUUGGGAGUACGAGAAAUGGGCUGUUUUUGACAAUGUGAGGGUCUCACGUAAGGCCUGAAAAGGUAUCAAUUUAGUGUGGUUGCAUAGUUGAUGUAGGUAGUGUACUCCUGCUCGGGCCCAAAGUUGAAAAUUAAAGUCGGGGAUAAAACGAGCCACCAUGCGCAUAGGCGUAGCCAAGGAUAUCGGUGAGUAAUGGCACAGAUCGGUUUUGUGGCUGUCCCACACCUGUAUUAGGAUGGUUGUGGAAGGUAGCCUAUGCAACAGAGAUGGUCGGGAUGAUUUCGGAAGCCAGAACAUCUCGGCCGCACUAAGAGCAGCCCAAUGUUCCGCUAUGUGUACCCAUUGCGGCGGUUUUGGGCCCGCCAAGGCUAUGGCGACAUUGCUCAGGAUUGCUGCCAGGUAAUAAUGCUUAAUAUUCGGUAGUCCUAUGCCACCUUCAUUAAGGGGUGCUUGUAACAAUGGUGCUUUCACCCUAGGCCGCCUCCCGCUCCAGAUAAACCUAUUAAUCACAUUUUGUGCUGUGGUGAAUAAAGAUCCGGGGAUCUUUAGGGGUAGGGUUCUAAAGACAUAUUGUAGCUUAGGUAGGAUAGACAUCUUUAUGGCGGCCAUUCUGCCUGUCCAGGAUAUGAAUUUGCCUUGCCAUAACACCAUAAGGUCUGAGAUGAAUUUUAGAGUGAAUAGGUAGUUCGAAUGAUACAGGCGGGUCAGAUCUUUGGAAAAACUAUCCCUAGGUAAGUAAGUGAGUCAUGCCUUAAGUCAUAUGGGUAGUUCGCCUUAAGGAGUGUCUUCUGCUGACGCGGCAAGUGCAUUGUCAUGGCCUGGGCCUUAGAAAUAUUUAACUUGUAGUAGGAGCAUUUGCUAUAAGCGGUCAGGAGGUCGUGGAAUAUCGGCAAUGAAGUGUGGGGUUGUGUGACGGUGACUAGGACAUCGUCCGCAAACAUGUUGAGUUUAAACUGCUUCGUCCCUAAUUGUAUUACCCUGAUGUCCUAGUUGCUCUUAAUUAGUUCUGCCAGAGGCUUUAGGACCAAUAUGUAAAGCAGGGGGGACAAAGGGCAGCCUUGCCUGGUCCUGUUUGUUAUAGAGAAAGGGUCCGACAGGAAACCACCAUUAUAGACCCUAGCUGUGGGGGUGCUGUACAGGGCCUGAAAUGCUGCUAUAAACGUGGGCGGGGGGAGUUGUAUUUAUGCAAGGUCCUCCUCAGGCGAUCAAAUACUUUUUCCGUGCCUAGGGAGAGAAUCACACUGCCCUGGUUUUGCUUGUGUAUAGUGUAAAGUAAGUUUAGUGCUUUAUGCGUUCCGUCUGUACGUUGCCGGCCGCUGACGAAGCCGACCUGGUCGGAGUGGAUUAGACUGAGUAUAGUUUGAAGCCUGUUCGCGAACAGCUUGGCAAAGAUUUUGCAUCCACAUUGAGCAGGGGUAUUGGACGGAAAUUGGGGCAUUUAGUUGGUGGUUUACCAGGCUUAGGGAGGGUUGCUAUAUUGGCUGCCAAUCCUGGUAGGCUUUCUGAGCUUAAGGCGGAUUGGAAGAAGGCAGCCAUGUGUGGGACCAGGAUACGGGAGAAGCGUUUGUAAUAAAAAGUUUGGAUAGCCGUCCGGUCCAGGGGCUUUAUGUUGGGGGAGAUGUUUGAUGAUGCGUUCGAUUUCGUCCUGCCUGACAGGGACAUUGAGAGAGUCAAAUUGUGUUUGAGGGUAAAGACACUCAAUCUAGAAAGUAAUCUAUGUCGGUGCAUGACGGUUGGGGUAUGGAAGUGUCAGUUUUAAGGUUGUAUAGUCUGCCGUAAAAUUCAGCAAUUUUGUUACAGAUGUCUUGGGGCCGGAGUAUUUUCUGACCUGAAUCAGUUAGAAUAUAGAGGAUUGUCUGUCUUUAAGAGUGUCGGACAAAGCUCUGCUUGCUUUAUUAUUUAGGAAGUAAUGUUUGGAUCUUAAUUUUUGGAGUGUGUGAGUUGUUUUGAGAGGUUGUAUGUCAUUGGUUUGUUUGGUCAGGGCUCUUAUAGUCUUAUCCAGGUUGUCGGCCCGUGAUGCGUCUCUCAGGUUCCUGAGCAAAGUGAGUUUGUGGGUUUGGGAUUGCAUUUUGAGAAAGGAACCUUUGCUGAUGAGGCCUGCCAAAUGGAGGUGUAUGAUGUGUCUAGGGGGGUGUUACGUGCAAAGAAGUCACUUAAUUCUUCCUGUAAUGUGUCAGCGUAGGACGCGUCUUGGAGGAGCAAAUCGUUUAAGCACCAUGGGUUACUGCCUCUAAAUUGGAAGUCAUUGGCUAAAGUGAUGAAUAGGGGGGCGUGGUCAGACCAUAUGAUGUCGCCAUAUGAGCUUUGGUGUACAGCUUUUAGUAUAGUGCCCUGAAUGAGGCCUAUGUCAAUUCUGGAGUGGGAGACAUGCACCGCUGAAUAGUGGGAGUAUUGUCUAUUUGAGGGGUGGUAGGUCCUCCACAUAUCGUAGAAGUUGUGUCUACACAAUAGUUUUAUAAGAGCUUGACAGGCCACUUUCACUCUCCUCUUCCUGGGUGCCCUAAGUGGUGCAGAGGAGUCAAGCGUUGGGUCUAGUAUGUGGUUGAAGUCACCACAGAGCAGCAGGGUCCCUUUUUGUACGAGAGCCAUCUUGUUGAGGACAUGCUGUAUAAAACCGCGUUGUCCCGAGUUGGGAACAAAGAUAUUGAUUAGUGUAUAUAGCCUAUCAUUAAGUAGACAAACCAGUAUGAGGUACCUGCCUUGUGGUCGGUAAGUUUAAGAAGUAAUUCAAAGGCCACUGAUUUAUGGAUGAAUAUGGAAACUCCCCUUGCUUUAGAGAGAUAGGUGGCGUGGUGUUGGGUCGGAUAGUGGGCCAUACCAAAUGAGGGUAGUUUUGCUUUGGUAAAGUGCGUUUCCUGUAAAAACACUAUGUCUGCCUGUGCCUGCUUUGCUUUCUCAAGGAACAUGCGCCGCUUGUGAGGUGUAUUAAGACCUUUGACGUUAUGUGAGUAUAUUCUCAUAAAAUAGGAGGCAGGUGAAUGCUGAUUUUUUUCCAGUGGACAUGUCUAUAUAGGAGGAAGCAACUCUAUGUGGGACAAGAAUUCUUUGUGGUUGUGGGUGGGGUUGAUGGGUAAUACCUGUGUCGAGGCAGAGGCAGGGAAUUGCACAGAAACUGAACCUUAAGUAGCCUCGGGAGUUGGAGUGGGGGUGAUACCUUUCUCCACGAGGUGGAGGGACAGUGACCUGUGAGGUCUCUCAGCUGGAGUUGAGAUGGGAAAAGCCGCUUGGGACAUUGGUACAGUGGUUCCGUUGGGUAGGUGGCAUAUCGGGGAACCUGGUUAGUGCGUCUGAAUUGGGCAGGUGCGGGUACCAUAUGUAAGGUAGUCAGGGGGGCUUAUAAACUGAAAGAACAAAAGGAAAGUAUAUACAGCGAUACCCAUGUCAGUGGGUAUGUUGCGGAAAUGGAUUCCAUGGGGGGCAUGGAUGAUGGCCUAGAUAGGGUAUGCCGGAGCAAUAUGUCAAAUAACAUGAACAUUACAUCUACGGCUUAACUGUACAACAAAAACACAGCCUGUCGACCACAUUUAAGGCUAUUAAUGGUAACAAUAGUAUGAUGCCAAUAACAUGCGUGUACACACCUUGUGAAUUUCCUAGGCUUAGAACAGUAAACCUAUAAGGGAUCUUGUGUGUUGUUGUCCCUUAGCUGUUUUAAAAAAUAUAUUUUUUAUGAUUUCUGUGUGUUGUAGGGGCUAUAGCAGGGCAGGUGUGUGGGGCCUAUCUUUGGGGUCAUAGGCCGCAUGCCGUAAAGGCGACAUGUGUGCUCGUUGGGCAGCGGGGGGAUAGUAGUGUGUGCUAGGAACGGCAAUCAUAUGCAGAUAGACAUUGAUAGUUGUACUAGGCUAACUAUGUUUAAGAAAGAUAAUGCAAGUCUCUGAUACUGCUCACGCUUAAGCUUUGCGUUUCUCCGGUGCCCUCUGCCAGUCCGAUCUCAGCUUUCCAGGGUGGGACCUUGUCGGUGAAACAGAACCGGUCGAUAGGUUCCAUUGUUGGAGGAUCCGGAGGCCAUCCUCAGGGGACUUUGCGGUGGUGUAAGUCCCACUCCUGUUGAUCAGGAGCUUGGUAGGGAAACCCCAGCGGUACACAAUGUUGUUCUCGCAUAGGACCUUUGUCGCCGACUGGUAGGUCUUCCUGGCCCGGAGUGUGACAGUAGACAGAUCCAAAAAGAUCUUGACAGAGGGAUCAAUCUUCCAUUGCUGCUAGCUGUGCGUCAUAGGCCUCCAUCUUUGCUUCCAUUUGUUGCAAGGAGUCUGCCAUAUAGUUAUGGGCUUCCGCGUAUUCACUCAUGUUUCCCUCUGUGAGGUUCUAGUACCCAAGACCUGAAUAUCUUUACGCAGACUGUCCAUGCCUGUUUGCUAAGUGGUGAUGAGUUUGGCAGAUAGAACAUCCAGGGAGGAUUGAAACAUGCCGCGUGUCAGGGGGUCUAUCUCUGUGGCGGGUUCAGGAUCCUGUGUUGGGCUUGCGACAGCAGGCUCAUCGGCGCCAUCUUGGAUUUCUAGCAGAGUGGCGUUUUAUGCCGAUUUUCCGGUUUGUCUGCUCGGUCUUGCUGGCGUUUGGACUUGCUCUGAGACAUCAUGGAGCAGUGAGUCUUGCAAUUAGGUUUAGCCGUCAGAAAGCUAAUAUUCCAUGUCCCGUGUUGCAGAGCUCUCACAGAUGCAUCCGAUCAGCACAACUUCCCGAAAAGGCAGUGUUUACAUUACAGCCUAGGGAUUCCUCCAGUGGACACUCCUGAGAUUGCUACUAGAGUUCUGUCCUAGGACAGUGCUGCACAGUGUGACUGACAUUCAGUAUCUCCACCCUCUACAUUGAGACACUGAACUUUCCUCAUAGAGAUGCAUUGAUUUAAUGCAUCUCUAUGACAAGAUUCUGAUUGGCCAGGGCUGUGUUUGGUUUGUGCUGGCUCUGCCACUGACCUCCUUCACGGUCUCAGCCAAUUCAGUGCUUUCCUAUUGGAAAGCAUUGUGAUUGGCUCUGAUCAACACUUCUGUUAUAUUAAGAUUUUACUAUAUUUAGGAGGGCAAGUAAGAGGGGGGAAUAAGGGGGGCUAGAUGGUACUUUUAACACAAGGGCCAGGAAUACAUAUUUGUGUUCCUGACCCAAUAGUGUUCCUUUAUGUUCAAAGUCAACUUUAAACCGACUAUUAGUCUAAACAUUCUAUUAGUCAAUCGACCCCUUAGUACUACAUGUUUGUGUGAAAAAUAUGAAUUUGGUAAAUACACUAUAGUAAUAUUAUGAUGGUCACUGUUCAUUUUGAAUCAUGUCUGUAUUCUGGUUUGCUCUAAAUGUAUUCAUUCAUUGUAGUGAAUAAUAGGAAUUUAAUUCUCUUUUUAUCUACAGGUUUGAGAGCUAUGGAAUUUACAUUGUAAUGUUCUGGGAGAUAUUGAGAACACUCUUGCGAAUUGUUGUUUUGUUCUUUUUUCUACUUUUGGCAUUUGGACUUAGUUUUUAUGUCCUCCUCUAUCCUCAGGUCAGUUUACUGUAUGUAUAUCAGUUGUUUUAUUGUCAAUUUGUGGGUGUUAAAAGUAUAUAUAUUUCAGUUGAUCGUCAGUAAAGUAAGAGUUGAGGAAUUUUGUCCUCAAUUUUACUAUUGUUGGAUAAGCUUUUACAAUUCGUAAAUAUUUUUUGGAUAAUCGUUUAAAAUUACUGUUUUUUUUCAACAUAUUAAAAAAAUUUAAAAAAUAUUUUAUAUAUAUAUAAAAUAUCAAUACGUCAAAAAUAUCAAAAGUUACAAAUUUUUUAUAUUUUCAUAAUAUUAAAUUGUUUUAAAAGUUUAUCCAAAAAUAUUAAAUCAGUUCAAAAGCUCAUUCAAGAAUAUUAACUUGAGGCAUUUAUUAUCUGUAUUAAAACUUUGCAUAAUGAGAUUUUAAUGAGAUGAAUGGCUUUUAAUGAAAAUACAACCAUUAUUUAAUUAUAUUAACUUAUUAUGGUAAAACAUAUAAUUAAAAUACAUAAUCUAUACGGUGUAAAGGAUAUUAGAAAAACCAGUUUAUAUUAUAUUCACAUGGUGUCCAAUCAUGUAAGGGGGAACCAUAUAUCAUUCAUAAAUAUGACUGGAGGAAUAGACACUACUAUACUAUGACUACUAUGAUGUAUUAUGUCCAAAAUAAAAUGUUUUGUAAUUUGUUUUUUUAUGUUUUAUUUUUCUUUGUUUUUUAGACAACCUUCAGCACCCCUUACCUUUCACUGAUGCAGGCGUUUACCAUGAUGCUGGGAGAUAUCAACUAUCAAGAUGCUUUUCUUCAGCCUAUGCUUUCAGAGCAAAUUGCAUAUCCGAUCUUUACCUUUAUACAUGUCAUCAUAUUCACUCUGCUGAUUCCAAUCCUACUGAUGAAUUUGCUUGUAAGUUACACUGAGCUUGCUCAGCCACAAGACUACGUUCAUAAAGCAUUGCCACUGUCUGGUAUGAACAGACAAAUCAGACAAAUCAGGUUUUAUUUUUUCAGAAAAUAAUUUUUGUUAGGGAAACCAGAAUUUCAACAGAAUGCCAUUUUAGCUCGAAAUGAAAUCAUAAGAACAAAUAGGCACGAAAAUGCACCAAUCAGUGUUCUGCUAAAUAUUUACAUAGUAUAUAAAAUCAUAUAUGUUUUUGCAGUACACUGAUAGGAGCAUAAUUCCGUCAGUUGGGUCACAGAUCAAGUGAGAAAAAGUAACCAAUAGAGGGAUAAGCAGGAGGAGCAAUAAAUUAAAUUAUAAUAUUAUAUAUUUAUUAAAAAUAUAAUAUAUAAAUGCAGUUUUUUUUAAAUGCUCUUGUUUUUGUUUUUUUCCUCCGUUGAUCACUUCUCACUUGAUCUAUGAAUAACAUUUAACAUUUAGUGACUAGUUGUCAGUCAUCUUUUUUUCCCCCCCAAUCAAUCAUCUAUGUUUUGGUGCCACAUUUUGAAUUUAGAAUUACGAUCCCCAAACCGAACAGGUUUUGCAUUGUGCUGUGUGGUUGGCCUGUGACUUGGGUACAUUUUGGCUCAGAGUUCGGGAAUUUGGCCAAUCACCUGAUUUACCAAAUCACAUGAAAUGAAUCUCCAAGUCUACUAUUAGCCCAUUGUCAGAUUUCUCGUAAAAUUACAUAGUAAUGUUUUUUAUUAACACACUAUUAUGGCAGCUGUAAUUUUACAAGACCUGGGUAUCUAUAGUUAGCCCUGCUAUGAUCUAGUUCAUAGUAAUAUAGAAACUAGUUAUUUCCUUUCCUCCCUUGUAUGCCAAUGAUUAUACUCCUCCAUUUGCACCUUGCCUUGAUUUAUGUUUAUCUUCCUUGAGCUACAUCACAAUACCUGGGGGACACCAUUUUGUUUUCCUAUGACCACAAUAUCUGCAGUUUGCACUUCUGUGGGAAUUUUUUUAAUGAUGGGUUGUGGGUAAAUUAGUUUGGCAAAUUAAAAGAAGAAUUAAAAAAAACACUGUGUGCACGAUAACCAUUUAAUCUCAUUGAAUGGUUAUAAUUCUUGGUGUCCUGGCACUGUACCUCACUUCAGUGUUAAACCGUUUUCUAGAAGAUUAACCUGCGUGACUCUGACCAUGCCUCACCACUGGAUGUAUGGCCAAGGCAGAGAUUACGUGUUUCCUUAGUAACACCAGUUCAUGCCAGCAAUGUGUAGCUUCGAAAUCUGGAAAGUGAUCGGCUAAUACUCUCAGUCCAUUGCUGCCCAGGCUAAUGCAGCACAGAGUUGAUAGGCUGCUGGGGACUCUCAUUUAGGAUUAAAUGAUUAAACACAUUUUAAUAUUGAAUCGAGUGAUGAUGCCAGGAGACUCCAGACACUAUAACCACUCUUUAACCUCUGCAUAUUGUUAAAUAUUACACCACCACAGGAAAACGUAGUCCCUACUUUAUAUUAUGUAAAAAAAUAAAACAAAAAAAGCAAGGGGAGAAAGAGGGACCAAAAAGUGUUAAAUUAAAAGCAAAACCUGCAAAGCAAUAGUGCUGCUUUACUUACACUGUCAUGCAAAAAAAAGUACGUCAGAAGUUGCCAGUAUAUUGCAUAUAAUACAGCUUCCAGACUUUUGACUAUUGCUUUAAAUAAGUUUGUCCCACUCGUCUAAAAAAGAUCAGUCCCUUCUUAUAGUUUGUCACAUAUUAUACCUGCAGUAGAUGUGCAUCUUGUGAACUGAAAUCAUGUUUAAAGGGACACUAUAGUGACCAAAACCGGGCAGCAACACUGUAUUUUUAAAGUUUGUAUUCCUGACACUAUAGUGUUCCUUUAACUGAGCUGCAAAAACAAAUCUGAAAGUAACCCGCUUUUGUUGUGUGAAAUUGUAGAUUGGUCUGGCUGUUGGUGAUAUUGCAGAAGUACAACGCAAUGCAGCGCUGAAAAGGAUUGCAAUGCAGGUGAUUUAAUGUAAUUCAUAUAAUGAUUUCUGUCUGUUUGGGGUCGCAUCAUUGAAAAAGGUUAGUUAAUAAGAAUAACAUCACUAUAGUACAAUGUUAAAGGACACUGAACAAGAAUCCAUCGAGAUCUCAGAUUAUGAAGUAAAAGGAAAACUAUUUGUCCUCUUUACUCAAGAAUGCACUCAACAUAACUACAGUUGUUAUUAAAAUUAUUAAACCCCCAUUGAAAAUCAGAUUUAUUGUUAACAUUUACAGACUUUCAGCUGUUUGCAAUUAAAAUAGCUUUAAGUGCUUUCUAAAAAUUUUACUGAAAAUGCAACUUAUAAUGACUUUUUCAGUCUCAAAAUCAUUCAACCCCUCUCAUGGCAAGAAUCUUUAGUUCUUAGUAGAGCACCCUUCUGCCAUUAUGACCUGCUGCAAACAAGAUCCAUAGCCAGACACCAGCUUCUGGCAGUUUUCUUGAGGAAUCUUAGCCCAUUGCUCAUGCGCAAUGGCCUCCAUUUCAGUAAUAUUCUUGGGUUUCCGUGCUGCAACCGCCUUCUUCAAAUCCCACCAGAGAUUUUAUAUGGGGUUUAAGUCAUGUGACUCUGAUGGCCACUGUAGAAUUUUCCAGGACUUCUUCUGCAGCCAAGCCUUGGUAGAAUUUGAGGUAUGCUUGGGAUUAUUGUCUUGUUGGAAGAUCCAAUAAUGCCCAUGCUUCAGCUUCCUGACAGACGGCGUGACAUUUUCUACUAGUAUUUCCUGAUACUUCAAUGAAUCCAUCUUGCCUUCCACACACUGCAGGUUUCCAGUGUCAGAGGAUGCAAGGCAGCCCCAGAGAAUCACCGAGCCACCGACAUGCUUAACUGUAGGCAGAAUGUUCUUUUUAGGCAACACCUGUUUUGCAUAUUUGUGUUGCUGUGAGUGAUUCUAUUCAGGGGGUUGAAUAAUUUUGAGACCGGAGUUAUUAUAAGUUGCAUUUUCGGUUGAAUUUGGGGAAACCACUUAAAGCAUUUGUUGUGUUUUAGCUUUUUCAAUGGCUUUUGUUUGAUUUGUUAAUUGCAAACAGCUGAAAUUCUGUAAUUUUGACAAUAAAUCAGAUUUUAAAUGAGGGAUGAAUAAUAUUGAACUGUAAGUUGUAAAUGGACUGCAGAUCUGCAAAUUUCAAAGAAAAUACUUGAAUUGCUCCCAGUAUUGCUAUCCAGAUAAUUAAUCAAUGCAAUAUAUGAGUCAAUGUACUCAUCUGGUUCAGGGCUAACAAUGUAGAAGAGAAAUAGUCCAAAUGUUGCACAAAGAAUAGUUUUCUGAUGUUAAACAUAGGCAGUAGUUUGAGGUUAAAUAAUUGAGUAGGUGAAAUACUGCUCUCCUGCAACACAUUUAGUAAAUUAAAUAAUGUGAAUGAGGAAAUGAGAACUAAGUAUAGGUGUAGUAAGUAGACAUGUUAAAAAAUUAGGGAUAAGAACACACAAGAAGGAUUUGGAAAUUGUUAUAGACAACAAAUUAGGCAACAAUAUGCAAUGUCAAUUGGCAGUUGCUAAGGCCAGUAAGCUAUUGUCAUGUAUAAACAGGGGCAGGGCUGGUGCAAGGAUUUUUGGGUACAUAGGCGAAGAUGCAUUUUUCCGCCCUCCCGCUCCCCUCCUCUUAAAAUAACAUCUUCACCUAUGUGCUUCUUAACCAGCCCCUCUCUCCUCCCCGUCCAUUAGUGGACCCCUCCCUUCCCUGUCCCUUAGUGUUCCUCUCCCCUCUCCUCCCCUCCCCCCUCUUUUCCCUGUCCCUUGGUGUUUCUCGCCCCUCCCUGUCCCUUGGUGCACCCCUCACCCCCUUAGUGGUCACACUCCCCUUCCUGGUGUGCCUCCUACCUCUCUUGUAGCGUUGCCGAGCGGAGCAGAUCCUCUACAGGAGCUUCAGUUUUCUGUACCUGGCUGGACUGACAGGAAGUGCUCUCUCAGUGAGCACCUCCUAUCACUCUGGCACUGCUGUGCGGCUGUGUUCUAAUCAGAUGCGGCGAGGGAGCGCUAACCUCUCUUCUCUGCUCCCUCGUGGGCUGGGGUCCAGGAGGGAGCGCUUCCCUCCUGCCGGUCACUGAAAUCUUGCACCCCCAGAGCCGGUGCGCCCUAAGGCGGCCGCCUGUGCCGCCUUAUGGACGUGCCUGCCCUGUACAGGGGUAUAAUUCUCGAGAUGAAUGAUUGCCUCUUUAUAAAUCACUGGUAAGACCACAUCUUGAAUAUGCAGUGCAAUUUUGGGCACCUGUUCUAAAGAAGGUUAUUUGGCACUAGAAAAAGUGAAGAGGUGUGCUACUAAUACUUGCAAAAAUACACUAUACUGGGGUAUCAUUUUUAAUUAGUGGGGUAAUAGCUUCUUGAUCCAAGGAAAUAUCUGACCUAUAUUCUGGUGUCAAGAAAGUUCUUUUUCCCUUUUUUGUUGCAAGUUUGGAAGCACUUGAGACGGUGUUUGUUGCUUUCUUUUGAAUCAACAACAAAAACAAAUGUGAGAAAGGCUGAACUUGAUGGACGCAUGUUUCUUUUCAGCUUUGAUUGUCAUACAAAUCGAUUCCAAACUUUGGUUAGUUAUAAAUAAACCAAAUUCCCCCCCAAACAAAAUCCUUUAUUGGGUAUGGAAUGAAAGGAUUUUAAUUCGCACAAUUAUAAACUAGCUGAGUUUCGAAAUCAAUACGCUUCAAGAUCAGCAGGCAUUUUAUUCUGUUGAAUUACUUAAGACAAAUUUUUGCAUAUAUUAUUAUUCAUAAAACACCAACAUAUUCUGUAGCAUGUAAAAGCAGCAUAACAGCAAACAAUAUACAGAUAAAUAAAGUAGAAAUAAACAAUAGGUGAUUAAAGGCCCUGCUCAAACAUGCAUCACUGGGGCCCAUUUGUUUUUAAUUUAAACAUGAUUUACCAAACUAAUCUAUCUAAUGCAUAUAUAUUAGGUGAGCCUACAUACAAAUUUAGAGAAGAAGCUUCCAUACUGGUUCCUGAAGCGAGUGGAUCAGAUUACAAUGAUAGUGUACCCCAACAGACCAAGAAUCUGGGGAGUUGCAAUCAAUUCAGUAAGUACGAUCAUCUGUAUAUCCAUAUUGUCUUAAUUUGAUCACUGUUCGGUAACAAUAAGCAAAAAGUUGUAUCUUUAAAGUCAAACAAGGAGAGACGGUCAAAUAUCUAUAUAAAAUGUAAUGUGCCUUGCUUAUUUUAUCUAAUAUUGAUGCAAAAAGGAAUGCAUUUAACCCCUUAAGGACCAAACUUCUGGAAUAAAAGGUAAUCAUGACAUGUCACACAUGUCAUGUGUCCUUAAGGGGUUAAAGAUGCACUUUAAGCACAAUAACCAUUACAGCCCAUCAUAGUUUUUUUAAUGGUAGUAGUCCACUGGUGUCAUUCUUAUGGUUCAGCAUCAAAUCCUUUUCAUGAAGUUUGGCAAAAAAGAGGGUUCCCCAGGCCACCACGGCCAGGCUCCUCACUUGCCAUAUUACUAAUAUAGAAUAUAAACCAGCCAGGUCAUAGAAACAUAGAAACAUAGAAUGUGACGGCAGAUAAGAACCAUUCGGCCGAUCUAGUCUGCCCAAUUUUCUAAAUACUUUCAUUAUGUUGGAAAGCAGUGGAAGGCUGAGAAUGUCAUCAGUCAAUGAGAUAGAUGUAAUUAAAAAUGCCACAGUUUGUUUUAUGGUAAUAUAUUCUGACACAUUUAUUGUGUAACUUUCAAAACCAAAGCUAGAUUUUGAAUCAAGGAAGCCUAGCUGAGUGUAAGCUGAAUUAAAUAGCGGCACCUUCAUAAGUAAUUGUACAAAUAUAUAGUCAUAUAUUCUUACUGUAAAGAAGGUAGUAUGGAGGGCACAUAGAACUGAGGAAUGUAAAAACAUAAACCAAUCCAUUGGCACAUGUCUCUGUUGAUGGCAGUUAUAUUAUCCAAUGUUCUGUGUCCCGAACAUUGGAAGCUGGGAAGCUUUAGUCUGGUGAGUGAGGCCCGUAUGCAUUCAUCUUUGCAUGUCUAAACAUUAUACAUAUGUCUUCUUCUUGUAGAAUACAAUAGGCUACAUGUAGAAAAUAAAUAAAUUGAGGUACAUUGAGUGUUUUGAAUAUCGAAUAAACAUUGAUAUUUGUAUUUGUUUUCUUGCAGCCCAUACUUGGUUAUUUUUUGCGAUGUGAUGGCUUUAAAGCCGAAAUGCCAAGUGUUGACCUAACAAUGGAAUUGGAACUUUGGAAGCAAAAAAACAGGUGUGUAUUUGGUCUCUCUUUCUGUAUUUAUUUUGAUGUCGUUUUUUUUUCUUUUUUCUUACUAGCAGUGUUAUUUACUAACAUCAUUUAGGGUUGAAGUAGCUGAAAUGGAAAAAAAAUUCUAAGUCAGCUAUGGUUCCAGAUGGGCUACUUUGGCUUUACAUUUGAAAUUCACUUUGAAUUCUCAUUUUAGUAAAUUACCCUGUAAGUUAAUAUUAAAAUAAUUUUGAAACAGUUGAAACCAUUCAGCAAGUUCAAAGAUGCACUAUAUCUACAACUCAGCUCAGCUCUGCUCAUUGCCCAUUUUACCUUAAUCUGGCCAUUUUAUUUAUUUAUUUAUUUUUGUGCAUUUUUGGAGAAGCAGAGUAAUUUAAUUCCACUCAUCUGAUUUUCAGUUUGGUCCAAUAUUUGGAUUUUAUUUCACUACUUUUUCUGAACACCUCAUAUUCAAGCCAAGAUUAUGUAAUAACUCAUCGUUUGGGAAUAAACCCAUGGUAAUAUUGUUUUGCUCUUCAACAAGAUGUUGGUAGUGCAGCUGGUAUUUUAUAACAAAGCGAAAUAUUUAGUAAUACAUACAGAGCAAUUACUCCACAGAUAAAGUACAAACUAUUUAUAUAAAAGCUGAAUAUAGUCAGUGUGAUGGUAGGUAGUAAAUUUAUAUAGGAUAAAGUAAAGAGACACUUCAUGCAACAUACCCUCAACAGUCUGUCCUGUUGUCCCAUGGUGAGAUGUCAUACUAUUUUUGCCCAUUUGACAGCCUACCUGUGUCAUACCUAUGACAUCACUCCCUGAAUUUGAUCUUCCCCAGCUGUAAAAUUCACUUUGGUGUAUAGUGCAUAGAAGGGCCAUGCAAGAUGUGCCCAUGGGCUGAGAACAGCAUCAACUGAGUGCUCUAAGCCAAUGAGUAUGGCCCUUCUUCUUUGCAAAGUCCUGCACUGGCUAAAAUGGUUGAUUUGUCAAUUACUUGAUAUCUUGACGUGGGUGGUGCAAUGGUACUCCUGGUAUUAAACCCACUGCAUCAAGUUGUAGUGAAUAUAGUGAUUGGAGUGUUCCUUUAAGCAUACAUCCAAGUUAAUUGAAUAAAAUGUUUUCAAUAUAGCACUCCAUGUAGCAUGUUUUUACACUUGUUAAAUGUGUACUUUGCCGUGUUUUUUACCUGACUGUAAUAAUAUGUUUGUAGGCUGAAGGAUGUGUCCACCAUCAUGCAGAAACAGCAUGAACUCAUUAAGCUGAUAAUACAGAAAAUGGAAAUUGUAUCAGAGGCUGAAGAUGAAGAUAAUCAUGAUCUCUUUCAAAGCAAAUGCACAAAGAAACAGAAACUUGACCGCAAAGAAAGCAAAUGGGAUUGUGUGGUAAAAGCUGUAAAAUAUAAAGGUGUUUGAUUUACAGAAGCUGCUUGGCAGUGUGUGUGAGUCUUGUAAAAUAUUAAUAUGCUGGGUUACUAAUUGCAUCUCAUCUAUUUUCCUGAUUUUGUUGCAUUACUGCAAUAUUCUGCAGAGAAUACACAGCUUUCGUAAAGGGAAAAAUGACGAAUAUGCUAGUUGCUCUGCCACUGUGAACAUAAAUGUUGUGAAAACAAAUAUAUAUGAAACUGACCCUACCUUACCAGAAUAUACUGCAGUCACAAGAAGGAUUCUCAGGAUGCUGUGGAAGCCAUGUAGUUCUGGUGCUAGAUCUCACGUCAGGAGUCCUUCCACGAGGCUGCUGCAUAAAAUAACAAAUAAAGUAUUUUUAAAUAUGAUUUUUCACUACAGCUUGUUGAAAAAGAAACUGCAAUGAAUGAAUAAAGUCAUCCCCCCGCCCCCGCACCUCCUGUGCGACAUUCAAAGGGUUAAAUCCUAUAAACACUUACCUGAUUCCAGCGCUGAGGUCCCUCCGACGUCAGCCCGAUGGGGAACCAAAUGGGCAUACACGACAAGCUCCUCACGCACGUUAUGCCAUCCUCAUAGCAAAGCAUUGAAUUAAUGGGGUUUGCAAGACCCUGGUCAUCCUCAUGCAAAGCCACUAGAGGCAGUCUUAACCUUGUAUUGUAAACAUUGGAGUUUCUCUAAAACUGCAAUGUUUUCCGCUAUCAGGUUAAGGGGGCAGGGACAUUGCACCCAGGCCACUUCAAUGAGCUGAAGUGGUUUUGGUGCCUACAGUGUCCCUUUAAAAUUUGUAGUGGCCUCUUUAAAGAUGGUUACCCAUAUAUGUCCCACUUGGAAUGUAACUUCUCUUAUGUUAUUUGUUGGCUCGCCUGUGGGUGAAGAUCAAAGUAUUUAAGAAGCAGCUUUGCUUUCUUGAAUAAUUUCUGUAUUCACUCUGUCUUCUGCGUGUUCGACUAAACUGGUUGAUCUUUAUUCCAAAACAUAAAGUUUCCAGUUAGUCUCUCUUCUCAUGAUCUGAAAUCUCUACAUUCACUCCCAGUAUAUUCCAUACUGUCUCUUUGUAACACUUUGUAAAGCCUUACCUCCUUGACAAACAAAGAUUGUAAUUUUUAAUUAUGUUUUCAAUAUAAAAGUUUAAAUGUAAUGAAUACUUUUUUCAGUGCGUCUCUGGUGUACCCUUGUUCUCUAUGGUGGCCAUCUUUAUAUCCUCAUUGGUCUAGUCUAUGUGACCAAAAACUAUACAUUUAAUUAGCAGCCGGUGUGCGUUCACAAAUACUGACAUUGUGCGCAAGGGCCAUGCACCUCAAAAAUGCACUCUAAGACAGUUUAAUUUCUUCAAAUGGUCCAUAGUGCAUAGACAGUCAUCUGCAUGGAGCAAAGGUAAGCCAAAGAGUGCACUGAAAAGCGAUAAUAAUUGCUGUGGUCGGCAUAGAUCUCUACAAAAUAUGAAAUCACACUGUAUUACAUGUAAUCUUUUAUUUUUAAUAAUAAUGAGAAACGAUAAUAAUCUACUUUCAUUUAUGUUGCUCUAAUAUCAGUUACGGAUUAUUGUUUGCUCACUUUGUGGGUUAACAUUUUUCUUAAGUUAUCCUUAUUAUAUUUUCCGUAAAUAAAUGUAUAUUUCGUUUGUUAUUGUCACAUGAGUGUUUUCUUACUCUAGUGCAGUAUCAUAAGAACUCUGAUUUAUGUAGUUCAAAUCAAUGCUAUCAAUCUGUUUAGAGACAUCUUGCAUACUAAUAUUUAUAGUGAAAUGUGAAAUAAAUGCAAAGCAUUUUGUUAAUACAUGUUUAUAUAUCACUAAUAUAACUAAAUGGGGUAACCCUAUUAUUAUUUAUCUUGUACAGAACAAACUUACUCAAGGAAUAAAAUAAUUGUGAUGAAAAACAGUGUCAAAUACAAAUAAAUUCAUUUCUG